AUGGAAAACGGUAAAAUUCUGGACGGACAAAUCAGUGCCUCUUCAGAACACAGCAGCUCUCUUGCCGCUAUUCAUGGCAGACUGCAGCCCUCAAUGUUUGAAACACCUCGUUGAAUACCUGAAACUCCUCUUGCCUGAAUUCUAUUGGGCAUCAGUGCCUCUUCAGAACACAGCAGCUCUCUUGCCGCUAUUCAUGGCAGACUGCACUAUCAGGGGCCGCAAGGGAACGAUGGAGCUUGGGCAGCUUCCACAAAUGAUUUCCAUCAAUGGCUCCAGAUUGAUCUGGGCAGUCAGUUCUUCAAGGUGAAAGGUGUUGCAACACAGAGCAGACAAAACGUGAUGCAGUAUGUUACGAAAUACAAACUGCAGUACAGUAGCAACGGCCUUAAUUUUAAGUUCUAUAGGGAAGAAGGUAGCUACGAAAACAAGGUACGAUUAAAGGCUCUCUCAUAAAAAAGAUCGUAUUCAAUAACGUAACAUAUUAUAACUGAUGAGACUGUCCCACUAAUAAUGCCAUGCGUUCAUUGAUGAGUAGUUCGUGGUGGUUCCACUUGUGUCUUAAUUUCAGACAUGUGAAUUUACCAAUCCUCUUCUUUCCUGGAUUUGAUUAAGAAAACCCCAAGAUAUCUUUAUUAGUAUAUUAAUCAAGUCCUAAGUUCCCUGUUAUUUGAACAUUCAAACGAAAUUUCUCUAGAAACACUCUUGAGUGGUAUUACUCCAUGUGUUAGAGAACGUAUUUUGUAAUAUUAUUUUUCAAGCUUCAAUGAAGGAGAUACAGGAUCAAUCAUAUAAUACUUUGUAUUUCCCCGCAGGGUUCUUGCAUAAGCUAAAUAAAAUAAUUAUGAUCUGGCAUUACAUAUUUUAAAAAAAUGACUCUUUCGAUUUAAAUUGGCGACACUAGUGACGUUAGUGCAUCAUCCCUUUAACACUGAAAUCCUUGCAUGGCUUAAUGGUUAACUUUUAUCAAUUUACCGUCUUAGCUCUUUAUUGGAAACAGUGACAAGAACAAUGUUGUAUCGCAUGACUUAAACCCACCAAUCAGAGCACGCUUUAUUCGAUUUCGACCUAGAGAAUGGUUUGAUCACAUAUCGAUGAGAGCGGAACUCUACGGCUGUCAAGGUAUGGUGUGAGAUCUCAUUCUCAUAAGGUACUGAACACAAACAUCAAAUGAUCUUUUAAACUGUAAAUUCAUGAUUGCAAGUACAGUAGACUGUCUCCUUACAAACCAGUCUUUAAAACAACCACAUUGAUGACAAGAGCAGAUUUUGUACCUUGGAAAAACCGAAAGUCGAUUCGUUUCCUUUCUCUAAAACAUCGUAACGCGGCGCUGGGUCUUUUUUUGUUGUUGUUGUUUUUUUAUUUUAACUAGAAUUUUGUCUUAACAGAGCAGCAACCAAGAUAAACGGAAGAUGAUUCAUUGAAACAUCUUGAACGAAAGAUUUUCAUCUGCAUGCUUGAGGUCUUAUGACGCCGCUUAUGCCAACAAAUGUGUGGUCGAAAAAUAGGGAAAAAUGGUACUGGGAAGUGCCACAGCAGUACACAUGGUCACCAAUCUCCAAAUUUUGAAAGAUUAAUGUAAAAUGAAAUGGUUUGGAAAUACACUCCGGGAGCCUGGGAAUAACAUCACCUUUUCUGUCCUCGAAUGGAAUCUACAGGGUUCCAGAGGAAGAGGCUGUCCAAAGCAGUCUAGGAGGCACACUUUUCAAGAUGAACUUGACAAAAAUAACAUCACGUGGAGAGAGGCGGAAAGAACGACCAAAAAUUGGAUGCCUUGCACUCCACACCAGGAGCGAAGAUGGUCUAAUUUUAUCUACUGUCAAAAAACGUCAAUGGUUUUCUCUGAUAAAAAAGAGAUAAGCGCAAGGAGGGGUACCCUAGAGCUUUACUAGCGCCAUCUAUGAUCUUAAAUCAUGUUUGUUUUUUCAAACUUUCAGUGUGUCGAGAUGGUCUUGGUAUGGAAAGUGGUGCAAUAACUGACGGCCAGAUCAGUGCUUCUUCUGAAUGGGAGGCGACUCAUUCUGCUGCACAAGGCAGAUUAAACCUUCAACCCAGCAACGACUUUCAAGGAUGUUGGUCAGCUGCCUUAAACGAUGGGAAUCAGUGGUUAAAGGUUGAUCUAGGGACUGUUUACACAGCUGUCACUCGUGUGGCAACACAGGGAAGAAAUGGUACUAGCUAUCGUCAGUGGGUGACUAAGUACAAACUUCAGUAUAGUGACGACGGCGAAAACUUCAAAUACUACACGGAAGAAGGACAAAAUACUCACAAGGUGAGACACAUCAUUGCAGUUUUCAAUUUAAAGUCAAAGGAAAUGAGGGAUUGCAUUGAUUUUUCUCUGUGCAACCACUCUCAGCCAAUCGCCAUAUGCGCAUAACUGAAAAUCAAUAGCGACUUGCUCAUUGGUGACAGUUUCUGGCGCUGUAGGGAAUUGUGCUUUUCCAUUUAGUUUUCAUCUCACUUUGUUACUUCAGGUAUUUACUGGAAACACAGACCGCGAUACAGUUGUGUCACGUGAUUUAUAUCCACCAAUCAGGGUUCGUUACAUUCGAUUUCGACCUGUUUCCUGGAAAGGGCACAUAUCCAUGAGGGUGGAACUCUAUGGCUGUCAAGGUAAUGUACCGAUUGGCUAACGUGGAAAUAAUAUAAACUAUUUCGAAGUAUGGGAGGCAAUCCCUGACCCCCUGGUUACUUCAUAUUCAAACUCAUUCCUUUUCGAAAAGAAAAACAAGGCAAAACAUAUAACUACAGCUGGGACUGAGCUGGCUUGUGAAGUUGCAAAGAACUAACCGUGAAUUUCCCAAAGCGCAUCUCCCUAGCUCCAAGAUCAAAUCAGCAUAAGUGUUCUAUAAAGCCUUUACAAAUGCAUUAACACCAACGUUUUGUUAUCACUUUUACCAACCUGAUUGUCUAGAGUGUCAAGAGUCAUUAGGAGUGGAGACUAAAAAAAUUCCUGACGAUCAGCUUACUGCUUCAUCGAAGCUGAAUGACAAUCUAGCUCCUAAAUUUGGAAGACUCUAUCUGAAAGAAAAGCUGCCUCAUCAGGAAGGUUCUUGGGCGGCUUUACACAAUGAUACCAACCAGUGGCUUCAGGUUGAUGUGGGGUCAUACUAUGUUAAAGUAACACGCGUGGCAACACAAGGACGAAAUGGCAGCGACCAGUGGGUGACUCAAUACAGACUGCAGUAUGGUGAUGAUUUAGCAAGCUUGCAGUAUUACAAGGAAUACAAUCAAGACAUUGAAAAGGUGAGCAGGCACAGUUAUGACUGGAUUCGAUACCAAAUUUUCAAAGGCAAGAUUAUAAGAAAUGCAUGGGAUAAUGUUAGGAGAAUUGAUCUCAGAAAUGAAAAGGUAUUAGUCUGUCGCUUCCUCGCUCAUUUUUGUUUAAGUAUCACAAGAUGUGAGCAGGGAAAAAUGGGUAUUAACAAGAAUGGAUAUCGUAGAAAAGUACCUUCAAUAUUUCCUCUUCUCCUUUAAAGGGACCCAUUUUACAGCGUUCUCUUUUACUUAGGUUUUCGAUGGAAACACAGACGCUGACACUGUUGUAUCACAUGACCUUGUUCCACCAAUAAGAGCUCGCUAUGUCCGUUUUCUCCCAGGAGGUUGGCAUAUUCAUAUAUCAAUGAGAGUGGAUUUGUAUGGAUGCGAAGGUAUUUUACAAAGGUCUAAAUUUCGUUGCUCCUUAAAGGACACUGUAAUUAUAUUCGUAGAAUAGUAUUCACACAAAGUUAAGAUGGAUGGCAAUCAUCAUAGCACUUCGCUCGACUUCUCAAGAAACCCUCAACAAUAGCUUAGUCGACCAAACCAUUAAAACGUUUUUUUGCGUCUAAGGGAUCGGCGAUCAAUGUGAAAUUUUUAACUUCAACCAUUUCUGUGAUCACAAAAAUACUGUCAGCAUAACUGCACUAUUAAAUUGUCCAUCCACAGAAUGUCAAGAAGCUCUUGGAAUGGAGAAUGGCGUAAUCCUCGAUGAAAAAAUUACUGCUUCUUCUCAGUAUGCUGAGAGGACUGGCCCAGCUCGGGCACGACUUUACAUUGAAAACACAUUCGGGACAGGAGGUUGGGUGCCAACCCAUCAGGAUGCCAAUCCAUGGCUCCAGAUUGACUUGGUCAGUCAGUACCGAGUAACGCAUGUUGCUACUCAAGGUCGCUAUCAUGAUGUAUUAUCAAUAUGGGUAAUAAAGUACAAGCUGAGAUACAGGAGCGAAGGAGAAUACUUCAAAUACUACAAGGAAAAAGGCCAAACUACUGAGAAGGUGAAAAUCUUCAUGGCUAUCUUUUAAAUGAAUGAUAAACCUUUCUCAAAAUGAUUGAACAAAAUUGAAAAAUACAUCUUAGGGAAAAUAUUAUCCUAGUAAGGGGGGGGUAGGCGAUCAUAGUACUAACUGAAAACGUCAGCCAUAUAUGAAACGUCUGCACUUGUGCGAGCGUUUUUAUGGCACGAAGGGUUUCAGAACAAUGUGGUCUCACUGGAGGCAUAAACAAUCACACAGGCUUGUGACUCAAGCUGUUUGAAAAUAACUUGAAGCUGUGAUAAAUUUCCUCAAGCAAAACAGAGGGGGCAGCACCAAACCGCGUUAAAUCAGCGACAGAAACGCAGUAACCGUCAAAAUUAAAGAAAGCUUGAAAGGAAGAUACAAUUAAGGCCUUGAGCUACUGCACUUCUUUUUUAUUCAAGCUUUCGCCGAUCUACGGUAUAUCGUCAAGGAAUGUAUAAGAAAUUUUCCGCAAUGCGUGAUACAAAAGAUAAAUAGGUGAUACGAAUCGGAUCACCCCUGUCAAUCAAAUUGCUACCGAAGGAAAAUUUGUAAUGUUUGUUAAGAGAUAGUUCAAUACAACCGGUUCUUUUUUCAAGCAAGCAGCAGGAAAAUUUUGGAUAAAGCAUUAAGCAUGUGCUGGCCACGAAUUCUUGUUAUUGUGUCCACAAUUUACAUUUCUUUUAAGUGAUGAUUUCACUAUUUUUUACUUUAAUCAUAAACAAAGGAAUUUGAUGCAAACACAGACAAGAACACUGUUGUCUUCCACGAGUUAUACCCAGGAAUCACCGCGCGUUACAUACGUUUUUACCCAACACAAUAUAACACUCAGGUCUCAAUGAGAGUGGAGCUUUACGGAUGUCCAGGUACUGUACAGAACGGUUCUUUUAUAAGAGGAACUUAGUUAUACAGGCAUUUUGAUUGGUUAUUACUUGUGAUCCUUUGGAAGACAGACGCAAAAAUGAUAUUAACAUUUAAAUGGAUUCCGUGUUGCCGUGCGCCUGCUCAUCAAUAAACCAUAGAGGAGCUCAGAUUAAGAACAUCUACAAUCUAUUACUGAACAGCCGGAUGGCAAAAUGCAAUCUUGUUGUUUACUGUCAUCCACUUCAGUUUCAGUUUUACAAAAACUCAUGUUGCCGUCCGUCAGUUCUGUAAUAAAUCACAGAAAACGUCAAAAUAUGGAAAGAACAAAUUAGUGGUACACGAGGUACAGCCGCGUAUUCAUCAUGACGCCUACUUUGAUCGGCUACUAAACAGACACACGGCGAGAUACGCAAUAAUUUAAAGAAUAAGGAAGCAACAUUCUGUUAUCGGUGACCUAAUCUAUGCGUUUGUCCUCUAAUAGAUUAUAGAAAUAACCAAUCAAAAUGCGAUUCUCACUUCGUAUUAUCUUACGAUUAAAUUUAUUUGCAAAGCCACCGAGAAAAAGAUCACUUGAUUAUUGGCCGAAAGAAAUGAAUGACUAAGCACUGAUUAGGAAUGAAGGCCUAGCCACUGUCUUUUAAGUUAUUCUUUAAAUCUCAGCCAUCGCUGUCAGUGGCACUUGAGUAAUCGAUAAAAUAACUAGACAAAGUUGAAGUUAAAAACUUUGUGUCACACCUUUCAAGUCUGUCCAAUACCCACUAACUGAUACGAUUGGAAAUAACGUUUGCCGAUACGUUCGAAUCGACAAAUCGUGAAGAUCGAUUAACGACCGGUAGUCAAAUCGUAUAAUGCAUAUUAUUGGUAGGUCUUAGAAUAUAUGGUGAGAGUUGUGGGUAUAGGGUACCCUUUUACGACUCGUACACGUCACACUUUACAGGAGUAUUAGAAAACACUCACACCUAUGGCACACUGACGAAGCGUCAUUCGGAUGACCUUACGUUAUCUAAAUGAAAAAAUUUUAUGUAUUAACUCGUUUUCUGUUGAAGACCAUGACGGUUAUAUGAUUGCUUCAUUAUUUCAAGAUUGUCAAGUGGUAGCGUAUUACUCAAUUAAAAGUCCCAGAUAUCCCAAAGAUUAUCCAGGAAAUAUGGAUUGUGUCUACGAAAUUCCCAUUCUUCAUUACAAGGCCCUGACAUUCACCUUUCAAGAUUUUCACCUUGAGGAAAGUUCGUUUUGGUAAGUACAAACGCAGAGGUUGCGGUGAACCAGCAUUUUUAAAGUUUUAACUCUUAUCCCUUUCUUCUGUAGUUCUACAGAUUACCUGAAGAUCUCUAAUGAGAAAAACCAAACAUUUGGCACGUUCUGCGGGCAAAUCGCAUCACAGGCUAUCACUGUGACUGGGGAAAAAGCAAUCGUUGCAUUCCACUCGGAUUACGCUCUUCAAAGAAAAGGAUUUCGGAUAUACUUCACAGCAAGUUAGUUAUUAUUUAGCCUCAUUUGCAAGUUUCUAUUUUAAAAUGUGUGGUCGCAGGAAGCGAAAACGUCAAAGUAGAAUGUAAGGCCUAAACAAUGGAGGUUUAACAAGGGAUCUCAAACUGAAAAUCUCGCCGCCAGGUGAUCGCUUUCCCGUUUUUAAUUACCUGAGUAGUUUCCUUGAUCUAUUAUCUUUCAGUCUGUGAGCCAGUCGUAAAAAAUACAUUGAGAAGUCCUGGAUAUCCAAGUUACUACACAGGAAGACAUGAUUGUGUUUAUAAAAUUCCUAUUCCAAGACACAGUGCGAUGAAUAUUUCCUUUAUCGAUUUUUCCUUGGAGUUUCAUAAUUCUUGCAGGUAACUGUAGUUUGUUGGGUUGUCAAUGAACAAGAAGCCUAUAUAGGAGUAUGAGAAACAAGUUCGUGAUUUUCACAUCCAAGGAGUAAUCCAUCAAUCCAUCGAACCCUCCGCCCGUCCGCUCGCUCUUCCACACGUCUUUCCGUCAAUUCAUUCAUCCAUCCAUAGUUCUUUCUUUCUUUCAUCCUUUCUUUCUUUCAGUCAGUCAGUUAAUCAAUAAAUAUAAAUCAAUCAAUAAUCAAUCGAUCCAACGACCGUUCAGUUAAAUCAGCGUUGCGAGAAUCAUUUCGCUUAUCAGAAUUCAUCGGCAUUUUCUUUAAUCGCAUCAAUCAAUAUGAAGAAUGGAAAGACGUAAACUCCCUCGUACAGAACUGCAAAAUUUUCAAAAACCUUCAUCGAGGCUUAAACUCGGAUCUUUUGGUCCACAUUCCUGCCAACUGAUAAUUGGACCACAGAUGUGGUUCUGAACUUAGAAAAGUGAUAAGGAACUAACAAAAGGAGUUCGGAGCAACAAUGCACAUCUGGGCUCAAAAUCACCGUUAGGAAUACAUUGUAAUGGUGUUACAAUAUGAUCGGGAUCAUGCUCAAUUAGAGAUAAUUUAAAACGUCAGAAGCUCCUUGGGCCUGCAUAAACGUUAAUAAAGUCUUUCUUAGGGUAAAACAGUCUUCUUUACUUCUUUGUAGCCACGAUUAUCUAACGAUUGCUAAUGAUACCAAUCAUGUUUUUGGAAAGUUCUGUGGCGAGAAGACUGGGAAAACGUUUAUUGUAACCGGUCGGUUUCUACUCAUCACAUUCCACACAGACUACGUUGUAGAAAGCAGAGGAUUUGACAUAAACUUCAACCCCGUACCUCUCGGUGAGUCUUUUCAUCAGAUAGGUCACCGAAAAUCGUAAACUCACUUGUUUUCUCUAUUGCUAAUAAAGAAUCUAUUAUUGAACGCAAAAAUCGUCGCCUCUUUAUCUGGAGUUGGAGUUGCUUUGGAAAUCACAAGUAUACUCCCUUCGGGUAAGAAAAUGGAGUGCAGGGCCUUUUAAAACAUGAAGAUUGCCGUCAUUGCAUGGCCAGAAAUUAGCACCCUUAAACUCACAAUAAAUAUCCACAUGAUCUUUGAUCCUCUAUCAAGAACAACGCGUCAAGCGAGUCACAAUUAAUUAGACGUCAGACUUCGCAACAAGCCACCUGUCGAUAUUUUUCAUGAUGCGUGAAACUUCCCUCAUCUCGAACAUAACCAUUAAGACACAAAGAACACGAAAAGGAAAAAAAAACAUCAUAAAAACAAGAUCAGCUGAAUAUGGAGAAGGUUACAAUUGGUUUGCAGACAAAGAAUUUGAUAAAUUGAUACUAAAAUAUUCCAAGAUGCAUAACUGAGAGGUUGCUAUUUUCGAGAGUAGUUCUACCAUGUAUUAGCACCCAUUACGGCGCCUCAGUCAUUCAGUACAGUGCACUGCUAAAUAAAGGACUCCCUUUUACAUAGUAAGACCUAUAUUUUUCAUUCCUAAAUUUUUUCGUCUUUAAUUCGGUAGUUCAUGGACGCGACUGCCUAGAUCUGCUUCACAAAGGUUACACCGACAGUGGCGUCUACGGCAUUAAUCCGGACAGAGGAAGAUUCAUAACAGUCUUCUGCGACCAGCAAACAAACGGAGGCGGCUGGACUGUCUUGCAGCAACGGUUGGAUGGUUCUGUUGACUUUUAUCGUAAUUGGACUAGCUAUAAAAAUGGAUUUGGAGACUUGACGUCAGAAUUUUGGCUGGGAAAUGACAACAUCCACAAAAUAACUUCACAAAGCUCACAGCUAUUAAUCGAGCUCAAAGACCAAGCCAAUUUGACAGCACAUGCGUCUUAUAAUUCUUUUCAAGUUGGUUUGGAAGCUGAGAAGUAUGUUGUUAGAGUAACAGAGUUCUCUGGAACAGCAGGGGAUUCCUUAGCUGUUCACAACGGAAUGAUGUUCAGCACGCCGGACUCAGAUAAUGAUGUUCACGAUCCUUAUGCUUGUGCACAAAAAUACACAGGGGCUUGGUGGUACAAAGAAUGCCAUCAAUCAAAUCUAAAUGGUCAAUAUGGAAAAAAUGAAUAUGCCGAGGGUGUUAUCUGGUAUCACUGGAAAGGAUAUUAUCAUUCACUCAAGGAAUCCUCAAUGAAAGUCAAACCUCGUCGAGGUAACAUCGAAAAACAUUGCUUGUUUGGGGUUUAUUUGUAUAUACAACCCCUAGGCCUAAGUUUAAAGACUUAAGAGGCUUUAGACAGCAACGAACACCUAAGGGCUCAAUAAACAUUUCUAACCGGAGGGAAUCUUUUCACCUGAAUAUUUUUUGUAUUUCCCUCCCUUAGGCUUAAAUGAUUUAGAAAAAGUUCAAUAUAAAAUCCAUUGCAAUAUAAAAAAACUUAAAACAUUAGGAAUAAUGCAAACCUAUGCGAUCGAACACCAGUGGUACAUUAUAUUCAACAACUAUUCACCAACGUGAAGGUGGCUAGUGGUGAAUAUUUAGUCAUCUUCCUUUGGUCAUUUACAGAACGUCAAUGGUCGUAUGAGCUGAUCUUUAGCGGGGAGUCAUCAGACUACGUGCUGCUCCCCUACAUCACUGACCUUCAAGAUGCUACAGCUUGUUGGUGGAUGAAGACCGAAAAAACUCCAGGCUGGUCAACAGUUUUCUCGCUUCAUAACUAUAAAAAUGAAAGUCUCCUGAGCUUCUCCUUUCAUGACAACGGCAGCUAUUCUUUGCACGUGCAUAGUGAACAGAAGUGAGUGGAUAUGUCUGCUUUCAUGAUUAUUUCGCAAGGGAUGUCAAUUUUUUAUCCUUUAGCGUACAGCAAUGUCUGAAACUAAUCAUUGGUUCGCAGUGCAAACGAUUAUCUUCGAAUAUCGCUUUUCUCCUCUCUAAGAUAUAUUAGUAAAAUUAAAUUGCAUUAUACCAAACCCGAGUUCAACUGCAAACUAACACAAUAGUUUGGAACUGAAUCGUUACGCAGAACCCGCCAUAAAUACUUACCAUUCCAUAAAAUCAUGAUUUAAUUUUAAACAAAAUCUCAGAUAAAUUAUUUUCACAUGUUCAGUAUCUUUAACGUGCAAGAUGAAGUCCUUUCAGAUGGUCUUUGGCAUCACAUGUGCAUCGCAAGGUCCUACUCGGAUGGCAAAUGGACAUUUUACUCUGACGGCGUAGAGAAAUUGGAAGGUGUAGAUCUAGGGACUGACUAUAGCACUGAAAAAGGGUUCAUGAUCAUUGGGAAAUUCCGAGGCAAUAUGAGCAGAUUUAACAUGUGGGACGAGUACAUCGAUGAUGUUUCCCGGAUUGAAAAAAUAGCGCAUGCAUGCUCGUCUAUAACCGGAAAUGUCGUACCAUGGUCAGAGGUUUAUCUAUGGCGUAGAGGAACUGUCUUCAAAGAGAAUACUUCUGUUUGCAACUUCUUUGGUGAGAGUUAUAAAUUAAAGGAGAAAACAACUGACCAUGUCUUACGAGCAUAUUGCUCAGGAUACUGCUACAUGUUAGCUCAGCAGUUUUUUUCUUCCCUCCAUCAGAGGAAUGACUCCGUCUGGUCACCAUUCCUUCCCUUCCUAUUGACUGUCAACUUCGUUGGUGGCAACAUGAUUUCUCGCGCACUACUGUGUUAAAAAGCAUAAGUAAAUUUUUCAAAGACACCGAAAUUGCAGUUUGUGGUCUUUAAAAUUUUUACAAGUGCUUAUUUGCAACAAAUUUCUCGAGAAAUCAUGUUGUUUCUUGGUAAUAAUUUACAUGAAAUACGCAUCACAGUAAGUCAAGCCGGACGAAACUUUGGCAGCGCGCGCUAUUUAAAAUUUUGACUCGUGUUACAACUUUGCAUUCGUGUUGCAGGAAAAAUGCAAUCGUUUUCAGCCAAUUAGACGCACGCUAUUUUCCCAUGUAUAUCAUUAAAAAGUGAAAGCAACUUACAAGAUAUGUAUGUCCACUAUAAGACAUUCACCUUCAAGGUUUGUGUCAUUACAAAUCGAAACUAUGUUGCAUCAAGGUAACUAAGUAAUAUCAUCUGAGUAGAAAACGUAAAUUGGCCGCCGUAAAGAGUUUAAAUUCUGGCGGUUCUAGCAUUACCCAUUCUUCAGGAGCGAUGAAAGAAGGGCUAGCGCUCGAAACGUCAGCUUUAUUCCUUUUCACGGUGGCCAAUUUACGUUAUCAACUCAGUUGGUAUAUAUGAUACUGAAUUAUCCUGUUAUACCCUCCUUCAUUCAUUUACGGUACAUCAAGCCAGGCAUUUAUGCCAAUACGUUUCCUACUGAUAUAGCCGUUAUGUUUUCUGUUUUCUUCCGCAGAAGUCGCCUACUGGGAUUUUAGAAGACGCGGCGCCUCUAAUUCCAGAAAGACAUAUGACCUUCUCUCCUCAACGUCAGGGGUCUUUAACAAACAUGGCUUUAACAGAGUGAAAGGCAUGGCGAGCUUACAAGUCUACGAGAACUUGGCCGUGAGCGUCGAUGUUCAAUCAGAAUGCCUUGGUAAUCCGAGUCUUUGUCAUCAAGGACUUUCCCUUGGCUUUUGGUUGCGUCACAAGCGUAAGUACGAGGUCUCUCGGUUGCUUGUUCUUUUAAAUUUAUAAUUAAAAUGGAUGGGAAAGCGUCCUUGACAGAUCAAGAUUUUUUGUUAAAACGGCCAAGAAGCAGAACCAUGUUACUCAUCCCUUUUUUUUGCUUUUUGAGGUAACAAAAGAGCUUUGCGGAAAUUAAUUCGGCUCCAGAGGGUAAAACAAGAAUUCUAAACAUAUGAACUUUCUUAGUGUUUUGUUAACAAUUUGCGGCAAAAUCGUGCAUUCUCAGUCAUCCAGGGCCGGGUUGUUCAAAGCUGGGUUAAGAUAACCAGGGUUAGUCUGAAAUCUGAUUUCAGGUCUAAAAGCUGUAAAAGGAAAUUCAGUCGAAUUCUUUUAGUCUAGAGUAUGAAUAUUUGACGCUUUAAAUAGAACACCGAAAAUUAUCCCAAAAAGGCCUUUGAGUAAAGGAAUAAAGAAACCCAGAUUAAAAUUUUUUGUUAGCGCUAAUCGGCCUUCGAACAACUGGGCCCAGGGUUAUUCAAACUGCGCACAUACCUUGCUAGCAAAGGUGCAAUGUUAACUGGUAUACAGUCCUUGUCUUAUGGCAAACACAGAGCGCAAUCCUGAAUUACAUUCAUGGAAGAAGUAUGGAUGUAGAAAAUACGCUAGAAAGGAAGCAUUAAGUGUUGAUGAUAGUAUUACAGAUGAAAGAGCGAUAGGAAUUUUUCAAAUAAAAUUAGGGCCUUCUCAGCUGUAUUUCCCCUUUUCCUAAACAAACAUGCCUGCUUAAUACUUCUUUCCACUUCUUAACCUGGGAUGGACUGACCUUUCAAUCAGGGGAAGUAGAACUACUCCAAGUCGCUUCAUACUCCGAAAACGGGAUACGCUUUCGCGUUAUGGGCCACAUAUCUCGAGUGGGAUAUCCUGUUACUUUGCAAUUUCCCUAGUGUUGUAUAAUGAGGAUAAGUCACGUGGAAAUAACAGUUACAUUUCAAUAUUGUAGCACGCUUCAUUACAACAAUUUCUGGGUAUAAAGAUAAGUACGAUAACCUUCUUGGAAGAUGGCUUGACGCUCUACUUCCGAAAGAGGGUGCGUGGCUGCGUUGUUUCAAAGCAUCUUCCAAUUGGAAAGGCACUCAUUUCCACAGUUGCGACGGCUUAGGACCGACUGUGACUUUCAUUCGGGUUCAAAAGAACAUUUUUGGAGGAUUUCUGUACAGUAACUGGGGAGGUGAGUCGAGAAAAUUGUCCAACAAACCAACUACAAAUUUAACAUUCAAAAUUAAAACUACACAGCAAUGUAAAUUGGUAUCAGGACAAGAAGCUUUUAUUAUUUCUUUAAUAAUCUUGCACGCUUCCAUUCGAUCUCGAACUGUUCCAAACGAAAAUCGGGGAAAGAAAAUGGGCAAACUCAAAUAAGUUUAUAGUUGUCAUCAUAUGGUGGUAGUGCUCCUGACGGUCAUUUUGUAGACUUUGUGAUUCUCAUUUGUGAUUCUCCCCUCAGCUGUUAUGACCUUACACAGUAGGAAAAAUUUUUCUAGCGAGCGAGUGAUAUGACUCGUUGAAAAUGGAAAGGCAGGGACGGCCCUUAUAAAUAUCAAUCUUACCGUAGGGUCCGUAAGUAUAUUUUGCAAAACUGUUUUUCAGGUGCGGACGGUUACAUAAAAAGUAACCAUGCAUUUAUAUUCAGCUUGAAAAAUUUGCGAGGAAUAGCACCUUUUAAGAUGGAUCUUAAAAGCGAUAAAUCAGAUCACGCAGCGACUCAGAGCAGCACAUUUGGACCCAUUUUUGGAGAAAAUGACAUUAACGUCCACUCUUUACCUGCUGGGAGCGCAGAAUCCUUCACAAGUCUCAACAACUCGUAUAAGUUCCCAAGCAGUCUGGCUCUUAGUAUCGACGAACGAGACUCCCUAUUGGCCGGGAGUAAAUACUUCAUAGUGGAUGACUUGGAGGCAUUUUAUUACGCCGGUAUGGCCAAGAAUUUCAUUUUACGUAAGGUCAUAAACACAAAAACAGACAUAAUUAUUUAUCUUUAUCACCCUGAAAGCUACUUUCAGCGUUAUUGAUCGAAAAGGGUUCUUGUAGUCACUGAGCGAACAUGAACAAGUUUAUUCUUUGCCGGAGUGCAUUUAUAUGAAUGAAAACGUACGAAACUUAGAAGUCUCUUCUAGCAUACUAGAGAUAAACCCUUAAUGAACCUUCUCAAUCAAUUUGUUAGCUGCGAAUACAAGGGAUAAAAAGUAAAGAAAUGAUCUGCAGUAAAGUCAUAUUGUGGCUCUUACUUUUGCUCUAUUGACGAUGAUAUGUGAUUUGCGCAGAAAUUUAGUCUUAGGAUGGUGUGGUACUACCCACCCAAAUCAGAGGUCCGGAGAGGCAGUAUCUUGCGUUGAACUAACGUAAAUACAGAGGAAGAAGCAACACUGCUGUACAAUUAUUAUUAUUGAAAAACAGAGGUUUAUUUUAGCUUUCGUCAAUGUGAAAAGAUAAACGGCGGUUAUGUGCAGAGGUAGCAAUUUUGGAAGUUGCAAUGCUGACACGAGCCAUUUGGUAACAUAAAGUGCUAAGUCUGCCCUUUUCCUCUCAUUUCUUUGUAGCCACUUCUAACGAGCUUGGACUGCGCAAAAGGACGGUUUCUGAUUCCCAAUUGAGUGCAAGCUCUAGUCUGGACGAUAAUGAAGCACCAGGACGGCCGGAACACGCCUUCUUCGACAACAAGCAGGGUUCAUGGUGUUCUUACACUAAUGGCGCAAAUGAAUGGCUCGAAUUGGACCUUGGGACGGAUCAGACCAUAUAUGGCGUGGCAGUUCAAGGAUCACAUGACUCAAACGCUGAAGUCACCUUGUACAAAAUAGGCAUGCGUCUUGAUGGAUCGUUGGGUGACUCAUGGCUCCAUGAAGUGGUAAGUAAUUCCCAUCUACUGGUGCUUGAAGGAGUUAAGGACUCGAUUUCUUCUAUGUCUUUUUCAUUUGAAACAAAAAAGUUGACAUCUCUGUCUUUGUUUGUAGACCUCGAAUGGAUCUCUGAAUUACUUCUAUCCAAACAGUUACACUGCACGUUAUGUGCGAUUCACAGUGAUACACGCAAAAACGGCCUCCUGCAUGAGAGUGGGCGUAUUAAAAGGUUAGUCACAAGAACAUGGUUGUCCUUAUAUACAUUUAUGAAAUAACUGAGAUAACAAGCACCCUUAUUGGUCAAAAACGUACCUUUUAUUGCAGCAGUAGACCAAUAGAAUAUUGACGUUUAUCUUAUAAAAGCAAUUACACCUACUAUCGGUUUAUCGGUGUAAUAAGCCGCGUCGGAUGUUGAACGAACAAGGAAGUUUGUAUACGUGACGGAAGUGGAUUUUUGUUUGUUUGUUUGUUUGCUUCUUGCAUUUCUGCCGACUGAGUCAAAGUCGAAUCGUGUACAGCAUGAUAAGAGCUGUAAGAGCUGUAACCCUCAGGUACACAAGUUUCACCUCAGAGAAAUGCUUCCAGCGAUUUACGUAAGUAACUUCGUCGAAGUUCUUUCGUUGUAGUUUUAUUAUUUUUUUAAUUCUCUCUACAGAGUACUGCCUCCCCGACUGGAAAUACUUCAGAGGCUCUUGUUAUUUUUUCUCAACAACUUCAAAGUCUUGGGAAGCCGCGAAAACCACCUGCGUGGGUUUGUCGGCGAGCUUGGUCAACAUUGGAUCUAAGAAAGAAAACGAUUUCAUUGCUGCCAACACAGAGAGCGAAAGGUGGAUUGGACUUAAAGAGAUUCCAGGGAACAAAAUGAACUGGACAAAUGAUCAUACAAAUUCUGGAUAUGUUGCAUGGAAGGCAGGAGAACCUGCUUAUGAAGUCACCCGAACCGAGUGUGCCUCUCUCUCGAAAAGUUCUGGAAAUUGGUACACAGUAAGCUGUGACAAGGAAUUGGAUUUCAUUUGCGAAAAAGGUAAAAUAUUUGGUUUCGCUCUGUCUGCAGUAAGAAUUUUAAUAUUAGGAAACCACGAGGUCGGCAUGUUUGAAGAAUUUCCCCGAAGCCUAUGCAGUAAAUCAAUAUGAGCAAAGUAAAGACGUCAUGAAAAGUUGGAAUCAUUGACAACCAGUAAUUGGUAAUGUUUAGACCCAAGCUGGCGAAGGCGAGAAACAGGCCCCGAGUCAAGAGCCCUCAAGGUUAUCGACUCGGUGAGACAUCUCCAAUGGUCAUAAAAUCAGCCUCUACGUCGUGCAACCAUAUGGUCUACCAGUACAUUGACGUAGACACAAUCUGUACACGCCUUUUCCACAACUGACCAUGGCAACUCGUAUAGUCAUAAUAAAACAGAAGCCAACAAGCAGAGAAUUUUCCAACCGUGAGAGACAACGAAGAGAAAUAACACAGGAUGCCAUUCGUUUUGUCAAGAGCUUAGGAAAAGGAAAAAAUAUCUUCUACAAGCGAUCGAAAUUCAGAAUUAAGAUUUCGCGGUCAUUUUCUCCUGAGAACUCCUUAACGAGCUGAGCCAUACUUUGGGUUCAUGUGUGACAAGCGUUCUGCUAGGAUCAUUAAUGUUGAGACUUAAGAAUCGGGACAAGUAAAUAAAAACAUAAUAAUGACGACAAAAAAAUAAUAACUGAAUACUCUAACGCCUAAUCUGCCCCAUUCAACGGCUAAUUUACCCUGUGUUCACUACUCACAGCUGUCACUCUUCACGACGUCAGUUACUGGUCAACAUCCUCUUGGAAAUGUAUGACUGAACCAAGACUAGCUCGGCUGCACGAGUUGAGAAACUGCCACGCCUCCUGGUGUGGAAGCGUGGGGGCUUGGCUUCAAAUAGACCUUGGUCGAGACUAUGACAUAAAUGGUAUAAACACCCAAGGCGCUCGGGACAAUUACGGCUUUGUAAAGAAGUUUACAUUGGCUUACAAAACGACGAGUGGAGGUUGGGAGAAUUUUGAAGAGGACGGAAACGUUAAGGUACUAUGGUGACUCUGUAUUAGGAAAACAAUUCAGGUCAAAGUUUAGCUCACGGCAGAAGCGUGAAGCUGUUGAUCACCUGUUCCUACAAUCGAAUGUUUACAGGUCCUUGCUGACUCAAUUGCUUGUUCCUAUUGCAUAGUCAGAAAUUGUUUCGGUUAAUAUUUGAAGUAUUAAUACUGAAAAAUUUUGUGAUUUUUUGGCUGACACCGAAGGUAUGAUUCUUCAUCCUCCUUUAAUUUCCGAAGGAAAAUCAAUAAGUAUCGACAUGGAACAAAACAGAACAAUUCCACGUAUUUCAUUGUGCUUUCAAAGUAGCUGGAUGCGAAGGAAACAUCACAAGUUACCUGUCUCAAAAUAUUCAUAACUAGCCUUGGGUACUAAAAUAGUGCAAUCUGUGAACUCAGCCCAACGAGUAUACUAAGGGUUCCUUCUGGACGACCAGUUCGUAAGUUAUGCGCAACACAUGCUUUUAUCUGUACCUUACAGGAGUUUGUGGGAAAUGUUAAUGGCAACGGAGUGGUGAAGCAAACUUUUUUACCUCCAUUCAAAGCACAUUUAGUAAAGUUCAACGCCAGAGAAUGCAACACAGCAACUAGUUGUUGCAUGAGGGUGGAGAUUUAUAUAUCAGGUAAGGAUAUUUCAUUGAGGAAGUUGUUGAGGUUAGAGGUUGUCUUUUGUUGAUGUGCUCCAUUUUCUUUUGGAGUCUGUUCACAAAAUUUCUAAUGAUAAAGAUCAUUAAAAAGCUACCCUUAGGGAAAAUUCUAUUCUGGAAACAUUUCCAUGCAGUGGAGGUAUUAUUGUUUCCGAAUGAAUUUAAAGCUAUAUUCAAGUUACAUUCAAGUUAUAUUCACUCCUUGAAAACCUCUGUCGACGGGAUACUUUUUACUGGCAAGAAUUUCUCAUUGAAAGUCCUCCUGCAUAAAAUUUCAGUCCCUACUCAGGGGCCGAACUACAACACCCAUAAUUGAUAUUCAACGCUACAGAGACCGCAUAGAGACUGAACAUUAAAAACCUUGUUCCCCUUUUUGUUCUUGUCCAGCGCGGUGUCCUUCUGGUUGGGAAUAUUUCCAGGGUUCCUGUUACUGGUUUUCGGAUCAUUCACAACCACAGUCUCACGCUGUAAACACUUGUCGUGUGCGAGGUGCUGACUUACCCAAAGUGACGUCGAUAGAAGAGAACAACUUCCUAAAGAAAAGUGGUUACAGUUGGUGGCUGGAUUUACGACGGGAUUCCACGCACAAGAGCAUAUUUAGAUGGAGUGAUGGUUCCUUGGCCGACUUUACAAACUGGAAAUCGGGUGAUCAUAGUGACAAUAGCAAAGAAUGUGUGGAGCAAGAAGACACUGGAGAAUGGAACACUGUGCUGUGCACUACAAAUCGUAAAAUUGCUUGCAAAAAGGGUACCUCUGUUAUAUCUAUGACUUUUUAAUUUGCAUGCAUCUAAACAUUUACAAAAGGCAUUAUAGUGGCAAUGUCAACUUUACCGAAUACAUUUAAUGUGCACGAAUAUCGACAAGGUUUAAACCAACAUUUCACAAAAGUACUUAACCCUUCCAAAGCCAAUAUCACAUUAAUAAGCCUCCUUACUGUCUGCCAUACAAUUCUUACGAUGUUAAUUUGCAGAAUUUACAAUUGUGUCCACUAAUAAUCCACUAAUUGAGAUUUUUCUUUGCUCCCAUUACUUGUCUGCCUGAUAUUGUGUUGAUGCUGUAAGGAGAAAUUCUGUUUAAGGGUUAAGGUGGGCAGUUUUCAAGGGAUCACCGAAGUCUUCCAUAAUCACGUUCCAGCGUACGGCUAAACUCGACACCAGCUCCCUGCGCUCGACCAUAGCGCUCGAUCUGCAUAGAGUAUAAUCUUUAAGUGAAACUCAGAUUAUCCUCUUUGUCAAGUGUUCUUGACUCAAAGCUUCUACACUUUUUUUGUUCUCUUAUCCGACGUGUUAUGCAGUGUAAUCAUUUUUCACAACGUUAAGGGAUUUAAAGUCCUCCAUUCAAACACGGGCUCUGUUUGGUAUGGCCACACUUCAAUUAAAAAGAUAUCGAGGGUCUAAUUUCAGGCUGGCUAAAUUUUUCUACCAUGGAAUACUAUUUCCAAACAUGAUUUGCUAUGUUUUUUUUUCCGAGCAGAAAAUAUAGACGUCAUUUUGGCAACAGGCACUGUUAGCAAACGCAGCGCUGGAAUUGUCUUUGGCUUUCAAGAGUUUACACAAACAUAUCAUCUGUCGGUAUCCGCGGGCCCUCACAUUUGGGAAGCUAGACUUCCAGACUACCCUCUGGGAUGGGUACACGUGGGUAUCACGUGGAGUAACCAAUGGGGAUUGCGCUUCUAUCAGAAUGGCGUUCUCACAGUCGAGUCAACCAGUCCCGCACGACUUCUUUACGCAACUGAGAGUACCUUCCCACGGUUUUAUAUCGGAAGGGAGUCAACUACUUCUCCUUUAAAGAGAACACAUAAUCUGCAGAUUUCCGACCUAAGAAUCUGGGAGUCGGUCAUUCCGCCAGAAAAAAUGGAAGACAUGCAAGCAUGUUCAGGUAAUUAGAAGCGAAUUUAAAAUUCAGGAUAUCAAAUGUAUCAGAAAUCAUGUACUUAAUAUAUGGUUUAAUUGUUUUACCCACGGCUGAGAGUCACAAUGAAUUAUUGUAGAAGUCAAGGUGGAUUUCUAGUUUCGCGUACGUUUUCCGCACGCAAGAUAGGCGUAACCAAUUCGAUUGCCGAGUACAAAUCUCUACCGCGCGUUGUUUAGCAAAAUCACGCAAGCCUUUGGCAAAGGCAAGAAAACAACACAAAGCCUGAAAGAGGCAGAAAACGGUAAAUGACAAAAUGUCAGCAUCACUUUUCUUGCCUUCCGCGGUAAUUAUCUCUGAUGUUUUUUUUAGGAAGAUAAGUUUGGUUUUAUCAACUGAACCGAUAACGUACAUUGGCCACCGCAAAGAGUUUCAAAGUUGACGUUUCGGGCGUGAUGGAGGGCUAGUGCUCGAAACGUCAGCUUUGAAACUCUUAACGGAGGCCAAUUUACAUUAUCAACUCAGUUGAUGAAACCAAAUUAUCUUGUUGUACUCUUCCACCGACGCAGCACCACAGUUUCUUUACAAACUAACCUCCUUUAUUCGAAUGUUUGUUAUUUUGUAAAUUUAGCAAUUGGAUAACAGCUGACAUUACCACUAACAUGCCAACUAAAAUCCUCAGAUUUUGAGCUUAAAAUUGGUAAGAUGAUUAUAUAGCGCGUUUUUUUUUCCCGCUGAAACCUUUAAGAUGGUGUUAGGAACACUUGUGUACAUACAUCGUUAUACCACUCAACUUUAAAAUUCAGUGGGCUUAGAAACCUUUCAUUUCGCGAAAUAUUUAAUGAAACAGAAACGCGCUUUCUAUGUUAAUACACGACCACAAAGCUUAACGAUAUUUACAUUCCUUACUUUAAAAAACAGGAUUAGUAAAUGAGGGACAGGUCACCAUUUAUUAAGAGGAGGGAGGGAAAGAUAUUCUGAAAAGAUUACAAUUUCUAUAAGCCGACCCCCCCAACCCCUCCCCCCCAGGCCGUGAUGUAAUUAGCAGGUGACCCCUUCUUCUGUAUUCAAUAUUAAGGUGAUGACUCCCUCGUCACCUCAGACCUCCUCUCACAUGCCUCGUAAUUUUCAAAAUUUAAGUCAUAUGCAACUAUAAGAUAAUUACUUUGCGUGACACCCACCUUGGGUAAUGGAGAACUCUUAAAAUGUACCUCAGUCUUCUGACCCCCUAAAUUUCUUUAUAUAAGUUUAGCCCCCCCUCUUGCCAAUCUGAAAUAGCCUUGACCCUCCCCCCCUUCUUUUUUCCUCCCUUUUUUACUUAAAUAAUGACCGGUCCCUAAAGGUUGUACUCUGAACUAACAAUUGGUUUGCAAUCCAUCCUCCAUUUUACUAUUGGCAUCAGAAACUAGGAAGCUUUCCCUCCCUAAACGCAAAACUGAUACGAUUAAAGUUGAAAUGCAAAUGUAAGAGGUGAACGUUUCCUCUAACACUGAUACAGUCAAUAUCGCAAUUAUUACAGUAAGUAAAAUAUUCCAGUCAAAAAUCAUGAAUGACCCAAGCUCUAACAUUUCUGUCUUAAUAGCUCUUCCCUGGUACAUGUGGAAAAAUACUGGCAAUUAUGAUUAUCCAUGGGAGCUAAAACGUGUUCCUCGGGAGAGUCCUGAUGAGCAAAGGUUUGACGUAAUACCCCAAGACACUAGUAAGUAAGGAAAUCGCAUCAGAAACUGUCUCUUAUUGGAGACAAAAACAACUCUAGAAACCAUUUAAUGUUCUUCGUCGCCAGUAAAAUUCACUCCUCUUCGCGUGUUGAGAUUUUUAAAGAUUGUGUUGAAUAUUUAACCAUGGAUACGACCUUUAGGUAACUUAGUAACCAGGCUGCGCACUCCUGGCGCCCCUGAACUCAAAUAAGAAGGCGGAAAUCAAAGCACUCGUCUUACAAAUACCAGCGAGAUUGAUAAUCGCAUUAAAAUCUCUACCUGAAAAAAGUAGGCAUCUGUGUCUAGCUCCUUAUUGUUCAAAACGCCACGAGUUGAAAAAAGAGAAGGGAGGAUUUAUCUAAGAUAUAUUUGCAAUGGUAACAACCAUGGAGGAACUCGAAACACAUCAGAGAACAAUUUACGAAAAAUUAGGCUUCUCUGUGGAAUCUUGAAACCGGCAGGGGAGGGGGGAGGGAGGGUAGCAUGGUGAGAAAAAAAAGAUGGAAAAGGCCGAGGAGGCAACUGUGACGUUGGCUAGAAAUCUGGCCUCUUCGGGCGAAAAUAUUUCGAAAAUACAUCCGACCAGAUAUAAAACUUUGGAUUAGAGAAAUUCCAUUCAUGUAUCUGCAAAAUAUUAUCUCUCUCAAUGUUAUUUCUACAGAAUACCACAACAUGGGCUGUUUUAAAAUAGACUCCGGUCCACCGAUACCAAGUCUGGAAGGUACAGACCCCAUACUGACUGGCAACCACGUUUCCAGAUUGGAUGCUGUACAAAAAUGUCUUCACGCCGCGCGCAGGAAAGGAAACAAAAUGUUCGCUGUAGCGAGUGGAGGGAAAUGUUUGUCCGCUCCAGUCGAGUAUUCUGAUAUCGAGAAAAGCUAUACUGAGACAUCCCAAGGUUGCAAAAAUGGCAAAGGAGCAACUAAUUACAUGAAUAUUUACAUAAUUAAAGGUAUGUGGGGCUAAGCUUGGCGCUUCGCGAUUGGACGUUUGGGUUGGCUGUAAUCUACUGCAAGGCCUGCUAACUAUUAAAAGUGAAUUGUUGCUUGAAUCGAUCGUUAUUUAUCGCCGAUUAUUGUCUUCUUUGAGGGAAAAUGAAAGUUUAAAUCUUUUCAAACGUGCUAAGGACUAAACAGCCAUCUCGAAUGAACUCUUUAUGCUUUGGAAGUGUGUCGGUCAGUUGAAAAUAUCUCAAGUCACUAGGAAUAGUAAUCAAUUUCUCAGGCCUGACGCACGGUAAAAUAUCAUUAUCAUUUAUUAAGCGUCGUCUACCUGGUGACCCCUAGUCCAUAACUUUCAUUAGGAACCUCGAGCUCAAAUAUUCAGAAGGAAGUGUACUAGAAAUGUAUGAUGCAGUCAUUUUUCAUACAACCAUCGCAUAACGAAUGGCUUGAGAAACGAAAACAAAAUAUUAUCUUUGUGGUAGGCAGUUCCCUACUCACAAAUAACUCAAAUGUUUAAGCUCAGAUCACUCACAGCUAUCAAAAGAUAGUAUUUGGCUUAUAAAGGAUUCAACUCUCCCAAGAUUGUUUUGAUGGGAAAGUUAUUAAAAUAUAUUCUGGUGAGACCUAACCUUUGAAAGCAGAAGAUUAAAAUCGCAUGCGAUGGGCAGGAGUCGUGUAUGCCCGUUAGCAAUUUUUAACCAAGCUAUAAUAGAACUAUGACAAAGAACUUCAACUGAAUAUUCCUGGGCGAAGCUACCUUCAGCGAAGAGUUUUUUUCGUUUUCAGACAGUAACAACGCGGCUUUCAAGAAACCUACAGCCCAAUCAGGCACAAUUAAAGCUUCCUCCUUUGCAACAGAUGGCAGUCAUUACAAUAUAGACACAGAGAAAUGCACUAAAACAACUUCACAGAAGGACCCAUGGUGGCGAGUGGAUUUGGAAAGAGAAGUUUUAGUUCAUGAUGUAUAUAUCUACAAACACUCUUAUGUAUCAGUGAACUACUUGCUUCAGAUAAGAGUAGGAAAUCACGACAACCCCAAUCUAAAGAAGAACUCACCGUGUGGGGGAUCUUUUAGAUUUAAACAGUUGCAUUGGAAAAGAAUUCGUUGCCCCUCGCCUCUGAAGGGAAGAUUUGUAAGCAUAACAAGGAUUGUUGGUAAUGGCAUCUUGAAAUUAUGCGAAGUUGAAGUUCGAGAAGAGGGUAAGUUUCACCAACAUUCAUAUCAAAUUUGCAGUUUCCAAAAUGUUUGACCAAAUUGCACUGAGACAAAACCACAAACAUUUAAAUUUGAUUAAAUGGUCAUUAGUUUGUUACGCCAAUAGCGUGAACAGUGGGAAAGCAGGUCUAAGAGGUAAGAAAAAGAAAUAUUCAGCCCUACAAGUUGUUUUUGUUUUCCGGUUCGAUCAAGGAUAAAAGAAAGGUGGAGAUAAGAUACUCCUUGGUAAGAAGGGGAAUAGGCUGAAACGAAACAAACCUCUCUCGACGCGUUUCGUCGGAUCUUUCCCGCUCUUUCUCGUGUUAAAAAAAGGUUGCUCCAGUUCAGGCCAAUACGCAGACGCAAGCUGUGUUGUGGUAAGAAAGGGAAGGAGCUAGGUCGAGAAGCACCAACCUCGGCCGCGGUUCUUCCGGAUCUCAUUACUCGCCUCAUUUUUACUCGUAUUUUCUUUUGAGAAAAACAAAUUACUAAAAGUCCUGGAAAAUAAGCAUUUAAGAUUAAUUAGCGCAAAAGAAACGCUUUCAAAAAUUAAUUCUUGUCUGUCCUGCUUGCAUGACUUAAUGCAAAACAUUGCUAAUUAAAUUGAUAUAAUUUUGAUACUUUUCUCUCUUAUUGUUCAGCAACAGACUACGUGCAAGCAAGCAUGUCCUACCCUCGUCAAAGAACGACUCUCUCAGCUCUUGAGAGUAUUUAUCUUGCGGGAACAGUGAAUUGCUUGAGCUUUCAUUACGACAUGUCAGGAGAAAAUGCUAGUAGACUGAAUAUUUUUACUGUCGACCAAGAGAACACGAUAUCUUUACGAUGGCGACUUGUUGGUGAUCAAGGAAACCAGUGGAAAUUUGCUCAAGUUACCCUUAAUGCAGUCCACGGUUUCAAGGUGAUUAGUAGAAUUUGUUGUCGUUGACAAAAAUGAUGAUGGUGAUAAGGAUGAUAAUGGCGAUAAUGCUGAUGCCAUUAAUGAUUAGUAAUGUGACAGAAACGGGUAAUGACGACAAUGAGUAAAGUGACUAUGGCGUAGGUUAAAACCACUAUGACUCGUCAUCCACUUCAAAGCGACCACCAAAAUCCUCUGCAUCGUUCCAAUGUCUGAACGACACAACUUGCUUAAAUGGGGAAGAGUUAAAGAGGAAAUAUGUUAUUACUUUGGCACAAAAAAUUAUUUGGAUGGGUUACGUUUCUUCAUUGUGAAAAAAUAAAAUGGAAAAUUUGACUUGAAGGAAUCAUUCUUGGCUAAAAAGCUGAAAGUUUGUGCGUACGUUUGUACAUGUCUUUCGACCUCUAGGAAAUGAUACCUACGUAUCGUUAAAUUUCAGUUCAUCACACAGCAAAAAAAUGAUGGCAUAAGUUAAACUUAUCAGCAAUAAGGAGUUUAUAAAAAAGUAAAUGGUAAUGCUUGUUGCUUCGAUGUAUUAUUAAACAUUAUCUUUUUAUUUAUUGUCCUCAUGACAGAUCAAGUUUGAAGCUCUAAGUGAUGGCGGGAUCGGUGGGAAGAUUGGGAUUCGAAACAUAAAAGCGGGAUUGAACUCCAGCUGUACGUGCAUUCCAACUGAAGCCUGCCCGAAGAUCACAGGUGAAGUUGCAUUGCCCCUGUGCAUGCAUGUACACGUGCCAAGCAUUAGUAAGAAUAUUUACUUGGAAUACAAAUUCAUGCCGUAUUAAAGCAGGCUAACCAAUAAAAAAGCCUCAAUUUGAACUUUCCAAUAACGUAGUUUCAACAAUGAUGAACAUCAUACGCAGAAGAAAAAAAGCUAUAAAGCUGUCAAAGCAUGACCUAUGCGCUGUACCCUUGGAUGAUCACACUCCUCGGGUCACAGCUAAAUGAGACAUGUCAAGUUGAUAGUCUGCUUGAUCAAACUUACUUUGUUCUUAGGAUUCCACUCAGCCAUGAUCAGCCACGCUCCUAGUUACCAGGACAUGUUAAUGAAGUGGCUUUCCGAGGCAGGGUAUGGAGAGAAGUACUGGGUUCCAUGCUACAGAGCCCAUGUCAAUGGAUGGCAAAAACUCGUCUUUCACCGAAUGUGUGAUAAUAGAGGCCCCUCUGUCACUAUAGCCAGGAUAGAUUCAUUUGUGUUUGGGGGAUUCUCUGAUAAAAGCUGGAAAAGUGAGCAACAAUUUAUCAGCCAUUUUGUAUCUAUGUUGGUAAACGAGGUUAAAUUAACGUGGCAUAACUGUACUUCUCUUUUUCAUCAUUCGCUUUGUAUGUAUAAAAGCUAUCUCUCGUAAUGCCAUCGGCUCAGUUGAGUGCAAAGAUUUCAAACGCAUCAAUCGCGACUCCAACUUACCCUCAAAAAUUGUUCUAUUUUGUCUUAAUGGAGCACAGUUCUACUAAGUCCAAGCACACAUAACAGUUGAUUAGGGCUCGAGGCCAGGUGCGGAAUUUUGUCAGAGGAAUAUUAGAAUUGAACUCCUGAAUUGAACUCCAGAAUCUCAAAGCAUUAUAUUUGGGUCAAAAUAUAUUGGCACUCCAUCAACAGAUAUUUUUUACAUCAUCUACUGACACUCGUUUUGUUCCAGAUUUCCAUCCCUAUAAAGUAUUUCCGUCUAGCAACGCAUUCCUCUUCAGCUUAAAACCUUUCAGCGAUAAGCCAAAGAAGCUUGACGUGUUACUGGAAAAAAGACAUCAAGCCUUACAUAUCCACAGAUAUAGCGGGCCGUGCUGGGGGGAGGAGAGACAAGAACUUUGUUUCAACGACCAGAAUGUCGCAACGGGAAUCAUUAUCGGUGGAGUAUUUAACGUCAGUGGAAUUACGGAUGCAACUGUCAGUAAAUAUUUUACCGGACAAACGUCUUUCCAGGCUGAUGAUCUUCAGGUUUUUGUAAUUGGAGGUAGGCAACAAAGCAUCCGAAUCGAAUGCGUAACCGCUCCAGCUAUGCCAGAUAAUUCUUCGGAUAAAAAUUAAUGCCUAACCAGUAACUACAAACCUAAGGAGGAGAAUAUGCUGCCUUUGCCAUGCCAUCCUCAAAUGGGUAGACAUUCAAGUCUUUCCGGAUAAGGAAAAUAAACGCUGGGCCUCUUCUCCUGUAGCUUCUCUGUACUGGUUAGCAAGGGAUAUUUAAGGACCCACACACUUCUUGCGAAGACCAUGUAACGUAACUCCCGGUGUUGUGAUCUGGCCUGUGCUUUUUAUAUACAGGCCCCCACUUAACAGAGUUUUAAAUCCCGUCCAAACAUCGCAGAUUAAUAAGUUGCCUGAGAAUAUCUUCAUAAAAUAAGAUAUAAUCUCUUGCACGAGGCCAUCUAUUGCUGGACAAAUUGGUUCUCGUUCUUACCUCUAUGAUCUGGGUAAAACCCCUAUACAGCACCAUUUAAAAGUAGAGGUCCUGUAAUAGUUCUACGUCGUCAAGGAGAUAGUGACAUGAAUAUUUCAUAACUGAAGGCAAGCAUUAAUUUCACAGCUUUUCUCUCUGCAUGCACACUCGUGGUAAAGUAAAUCAACUCAAUCUCAAAUCAAUUUACACGUAGAUUCUUUAUGCGAUCCACCUUGUUGGGAAGGAGAAAGCUGUGAUGAAAUUGCAGGAAAAUGCAUUUGUGACCCGACCAGGAGAGAGGAAGAGAUGUGCAGAAGGAAGCAAGGUGAACCGAAUGGGUCAUUCACAAUCACACAUCACUCUUUUUUUUUUUCCUUUGACCAGUUUCGAUCCUUCGUUUUCCAUAUUUUGUCACUUAAAUUCCUGAUCACUAGCGUAAUGUUUGUAUAAUUCCGAAAGCCCAAACGAACAAUUACGAAGUGUUUUCAAGUAUUUAACGUAGGCUUUGCUUUUAUCCUCCACCUUUGACACCUACUUGUAUUAUGCAAUGGAAAGUAACGUAAGAUUUGCUUUUAUCCACCUACUCCGACACCUGCUUGCAUUAUGCAAUGGAAAGUAACGUAAGAUUUGCUUUUAUCCUCCACCUCUGACACCUGCUUGUAUUAUGCAAUGGAAAGUAACGUAAGAUUUGCUUUUAUCCUCCUACUCCGACACCUGCUUGCAUUAUGCAAUGGAAAGUAACGUAAGAUUUGCUAUUAUCCUCCUACUCCGACACCUGCUUGCAUUAUGCAAUGGAAAGUAACGUAAGAUUUGCUUUUAUCCUCCACCUCUGACACCUGCUUGCAUUAUGCAAUGGAAAGUAACGUAAGAUUUGCUUUUAUCCUCCUACUCUGACACCUGCUUGCAUUAUGCAAUGGAAAGUAACGUAAGAUUUGCUUUUAUCCUCCUACUCCGACACCUACUUGCAUUAUGCAAUGGAAAGUAACGUAAGAUUUGCUUUUAUCCUCCACCUCUGGCACCUGCUUGCAUUAUGCAAUGGAAAGUAACGUAAGAUUUGCUUUUAUCCUCCUACUCCGACACCUACUUGCAUUAUGCAAUGGAAAGUAACGUAAGAUUUGCUUUUAUCCUCCACCUCUGGCACCUGCUUGCAUUAUGCAAUGGAAAGUAACGUAAGAUUUGCUUUUAUCCUCCUACUCCGACACCUACUUGCAUUAUGCAAUGGAAAGUAACGUAAGAUUUGCUUUUAUCCUCCACCUCUGACACCUGCUUGCAUUAUGCAAUGGAAAGUAACGUAAGAUUCGCUUUUAUCCUCCACCUCCGACACCUGCUUGCAUUAUGCAAUGGAAAGUAACGUAAGAUUCGCUUUUAUCCUCCACCUCUGACACCUACUUGUAUUAUGCAAUGGAAAGUAACGUAAGAUUUCCUUUUAUCCUCCUACUCCGACACCUGCUUGUAUUAUGCAAUGGAAAGUAACGUAAGAUUUGCUUUUAUCCUCCACCUCUGACACCUACUUGUAUUAUGCAAUGGAAAGUAACGUAAGAUUUGCUUUUAUCCUCCACCUCUGACACCUACUUGUAUUAUGCAAUGGAAAGUAACGUAAGAUUUGCUUUUAUCCUCCACCUCUGACACCUACUUGUAUUAUGCAAUGGAAAGUAACGUAAGAUUUGCUUUUAUCCUCCACCUCUGACACCUGCUUGUAUUAUGCAAUGGAAAGUAACGUAAGAUUUGCUUUUAUCCUCCUACUCCGACACCUGCUUGCAUUAUGCAAUGGAAAGUAACGUAAGAUUUGCUUUUAUCCUCCUACUCCGACACCUGCUUGCAUUAUGCAAUGGAAAGUAACGUAAGAUUUGCUUUUAUCCUCCUACUCCGACACCUGCUUGCAUUAUGCAAUGGAAAGUAACGUAAGAUUUGCUUUUAUCCUCCACCUCCGACACCUGCUUGCAUUAUGCAAUGGAAAGUAACGUAAGAUUUCCUUUUAUCCUCCUACUCCGACACCUGCUUGCAUUAUGCAAUGGAAAACACGCAAUCCAAUAUCCAAAGGUACUAAGCACCGAUUACCAGGUCUUUUUAAUUAGCGACAGAGUAUAAAAUGUGAUAUUUACCUAAAAUUCAAAUUUGCGAUACAAAAGCUUUAUAUUAUUUUUCUGAUAUUAAUAAAUCAAAGAAUGCAACAUUUCUAUCAGAAUUCUCUUUCAGGGUGUUAAAUGAAAAAUAAAAGAGCAACUGUGUACCCUCAAAUAGGGAGUCUAGAACCACUGCAUAUGAUUUUACGCCAUAGCCUGUUAUCUCAUCAAUGUUAGGUACAUUAUUUGCCAUAAAUGACUUUUAUCGUUCACUUGUAUUUGUGGUUCAAUUAUUUCUAUUUCUGUUCCGCACUAGAGUUGCGACAACUAAGGGACAAGAGCUGCAAGGAACAAUGGGAACAUCAAAGGCCAAUCAACUGUUCAGGUCGAUUAUUUGCACGAUACGACAUCAGGCAUACCGCUGACUCAGUGCGUAACUGGCGAUGCUACUAUGAAGAUGCUCUAAUCAGGGAUAGAAGUCGAUAUGAUACAAUCAAGAGGUCAAAUUGCUAUCAUACAGAUAGCAAACUUGAAAGCUUCACAAGUGAAGGUGAAUGUAAAGAUAUGAAAUUAUUGUUAUAGUACUCAAACUGUAUUAUAUGACUGAUGCUUACAGAUUCUGAUCAAGUACAUAGUCAAUACCGAUUAAUUUAAAGUAAAACCAAUAACACGCCGAAUUUCACUGUAAAAAUGUUGACAAAAGUCCCUCGACGAGCCAUGAUUUAUCAUAAAAAAUUUUAAAAAAGGAACAGAGUACUUAGAAUUGCUACCCUCCCUAGUCUAUAUAGGAUAGCAUUGUGGCGUCGUAUAUCAUAUUCAUCAUUUAGGUUGUUGCUAGACCCUUGCAAUCCUUACUGAUAUCACAUAAUUUCUUUCCAAAAGACUAUUCUAAGAAAAAAAUAAACUGAGCUCUGUCAAGUGACGACUCUAUCUGUAAGAAUUUUAGUAACUAAACCCAUACCUGGCGCAGUCAUGGGCUUAAGCUUCUUGAACCUUACUGUAAGAAAGACGUCUUCAAAUUUUCAUUUUUACUUUUGCAUUUUGUAAGUGGUUGGUGUGUUGCCUAAUCGGUUAUUGCCGACCUAAUUGAGAUGUUGAUGAAGGUAAUGCGGUUAUCACUGGUGUCUCGAAAUGGAACUAAGUUCUGUAUCACGAUCCACCCGUUACAGCUAUUAAUAAUAAUGCAAACAGAUUAAUUCACUAUGUUCCGGUCGUUUGCAGAUGCCGGUUGUCGUCCCCUGGGUAUGGAGAGUGGAAGCAUACUUGACUCGCAGAUCACGGGCUCGUCUGAAUACGCCCCUUCAUCUCGUCACGGGGCUCCCAACGCACGGCUGAACAAUGCUGCUAACGCGGGUGCCUGGGCGGCACGCAGUAAUGAUGUCAACCAGUGGUUGCAAAUCGAUUUUCUAGUUAAAACAACAGUAGCCAAAGUGGCCACUCAGGGAAGGAAAACCAACCCUCAAUGGGUGAAGAGUUAUUCCUUGUCUCAUAGCUUGGAUGGAACGAACUUCGAGGAACAUAGAAAGUGCGGCACAAAUGAGGUGAGCCCGACUGACGCAAAAUCCAAUAUGUAAAGGGAAAUAUUUGAGUCAGGCAUUGACCAACCGCCAAGUCAUUUAUACUGAAAAUUUCCUUGUUUACUUUUUCGUUGUUAUAAUGGCCCAGGGUCAUCGAGGCAUAUAAAAAAAAGCAUAAACGAACAUGGCCGAUAUUAAACUUUCCCAACUGAGCAUGCUUAGUCUAAAGGGACUUUAAAAACAAUCGCGACGGCGAUGGCGAUGACAGGGUGACGAUACAAUAGAUUUAAUGAACUGAACAGUAGCUCAGCACGCACGUUUUGCAACUUUUUUCCUUUCCUUCCAAAACAAGAACUGAGAUCGCAUAACUUUGCAAAUUCUGAGAACGGGACCACUAACGGCAAUUUUUGGAUCAAUAUCAGUAUCUGGGCAACUGCCCACCUACCCCUCCCCUAACUCAAUAACAGUUAAUGUUAAAGUUGGGUUAGGGGAGGGGUAGGUGGGUAGUUGCCCAGAUUCUGAUAUUGAUCCCAAAUUUUCCUAGUAUUAUACUUCGAACCCUCCGCCCCAUUCCCCUUUCAUAUUGAGGAGGACACUUGGCGUCGUUAGAGAAACUAAUCACAUCCUACUACUCCUAAACUAUCUAAGAGGAAAAAUUUUUUUUUAAAGUGAUAUUUUCCCAGGUUUCGUCGUCUAAACCUCUUUAACUCUAUGCGACAACAACGUGUGACCAAAAGAUAUUCGUGACAUCUUUUUUGUCCUUAAACUUUCAGUGAAACUAAUCAAUUGCAUUGUUUGACAGAUUUUUAACGCCAACUGGGAUGAGAACACUGUUGUAUACAACACAAUCAAUCCAGUCAUCUUUGCGCGUUACAUCCGGGUUAUGCCGAAGACUUGGAAGUCACACAUAUCCAUGAGGGUGGAGUUUUAUGAUUGCGGCGGUAACUACAUUUGAUUCACUUUAUACGAAAUACUGUGGUAGAUUCAUCGAUCCUUCUGAACUUUUCCGUCUCUUUUUUUCAACUGACGAGCAUAGCCAUUUGGAACGAAAAUAUGCACGGAUAUUUAUCAGCCGACAUAAUCCGUUGAAAGAUGCAAACAGUUUUCCGAGAGCGAAGCUCUGCAAAAAGAAAGGGCGGGGGCUGGGAAGAUCAGAUAGUGUCCGAGGGCAAAUACACGAUAUCUUUACGCUAAAUGGAAGCUUUUGUGUCUAUCAUCCCUCAAACAUUUUUCAACGCGCGGGAUUUAUUAUUACACUAAUAUGUCAGUAUGUAGUUUUAUAAAUACUCCCGCUGUUUUGUCUAAGCAUCGUAUCGGCAUAAGGCGUAUGCGAACGAAGAAAACAACACAAACGAAAUCAUUGUAGUGUUCUUUGUGUCAACAAAAUAACCUGAUGCGCUUAAAGUUCGAUUCCUUAAAAUUCAAGUCUAAAAAAAUUGAAGUUUGGAUGGUUUGGUACGCCAUUUUGUUGCUCCGCUUUCCUUGCACCUCCCAUUUCCUUAAUAGGGCAAAAUGCCGGGGUAAGGGAAUAAUUAAUAAUCAUGAUAACAUCGAAACUUUGUUUAUGUUAGACAGAAAAACUGAUAAACUUAUAAACCGAAAUGUGUUGUUAUAAUGCGAAAAAAAAGUUACGUAGUACCAAGGAGUUUGUCUUUGCAAUUACCAAUACAGGGUCUGAAUAUAACGUUUUCAAGGCAGAUGAGUUGCUUUCACAAGCAGAGUACGUAUGGACGUUUGACCACUUAAACGAUAUUAAAGACCUUUCAGGAAAAACUUGGGCUGAAAGGAGCGCCCUUUUACAAUCAACCACUGGUGUGCGAGGCAGAGCUGUUUCAACUGCUGGCGGAGCUGGACCAAUCAGAUUACACGACGACUCAGAAAAAUCAUAUCUCGUUUGGCCACUUAAGAGCGCGCAAGUAACGGUAGCUCUGUGGCUUCUGUACCAUAGCAAAGUUCCCCCCGACUUCCAAACUUUCCUGGCUUCGGCAGAAGAAGUGUCAGGUGGAAGAGGGAUUCAUCUCUUCCAGAUGGACGGGAGCAAGGAGGAACUGACAUUUCAAGUGACGGUCGGAAAUGGGCGAUGUUUCGUAAAGUUUCAUGCCCCUCAAGGAGUCUGGACUCAUUGGGUAUUCACAUGGAAAAAAGUGAAUAAUAAACUAUCUGAGGACAUGACUGUGUAUCGUAAUGGGAAAGCAGUUGAUUAUUUGCUUCAGAAUGCUUGUGAGGCUCGUAACUAUCCGGAGAUAACCAACUUUGACUUCACAAUAGGUUCUCACACUUUACCGAAAGCGUCUUUUGAUGACAUCAUUGUUUGGUUAAAAUUGCUUUCCACGUCGGAGGUGGAAGAGUUGUUCAGUUACUACGAAGGUAAGGAUGGUCUCAACUACUACAUUUCCCUGUUAUAAAGAGCCAAAAGUCUAUCAAGGUAGUCGGUAGAACGUCGGAGCCAGUUUUUAAAAGCUGACUUGUCAGCCCUUCUCGCAAAAAAGAAGUAAGGAAAUCGUCGGAUUGGGAAAGAGGUUAACGCAAAUUUUCUAAACCAAUCACAGAUUGUAAAGAGGCGUAACCAAUGCAACCCUGGAGGACAAAUGACUUUUAAUCGCAAUUUUUUCAUCACUGAUGCUCAUGUGCAAAGUGCAUUCCGCCCAUAAUGAUUGUUUUCUGACGCUAUUCUGUGAUCUUAUAUAGGCAGAGCCAAUCUUCACGUAAAUGUGAGUUUGGAAUUGACUGAUGAAGAAUUUAACCUCGAGUAUAGGAAUAUUACUUCUGAAAUUUUCAAGUACACAUCCACUUGGAUAGAGAGUCAGGUAAGGAGGUAUUUCAGUUAGCAAGACAUGAGUGUAAAACUCACAAAAUCUGGAACAAAGAAGAUAUCCAUCGAUUUCGUGUACAGUAACCAGUUGUCUACUAUCUUUCCUUAACCUUUUCACCCCUAGGGAGGUAUUACUAGAAAAUUUUGUUUUUAUAAACUGAAUUAAUAAUGUGAAUUUGCCACCAUAAAGAGAAUCUAAAGCUGACGUUCAGAGCAUGAGCUUUUCGUCAGAGCGAACUUUCUGCUGUUCGCCUGCCGCUCGCUCCGAGAGGAACCAACCACUGAACUAUGUUAACAUUCUCAAGUUAUAGUCAAUUGUCCCCAACGGUAGGCGUAUCAUUAUUUUUUAAAAAAUUUCUUAGUUUCUCUGUAAGAAUUUGCUAGAAGUAGACAAUAAACCUAGAAACGAAGUAACCUGGAGUAUAAUCAAUGGUAUUUUCGCAAUUUGAAACACAUUACACGUGGAAUGAAUGCUCAGUAUUGACUGAUCCACUUCAUGUUUUCCUUUUUCGCAGGUUAUGAGCCUCCAUCAGAACAAUUCGUUGUUAUCAGUGGAUAACUUUGUGUUUUGGUAAUAACUAUCCGCCUAUUACAAACAUCUUAAUUACCGUAGAUAAUUGAGAGAAUGAUAACAAAAGCUCUCUGUUUGGUGUGAUAAAAUUGCACAAUGUAACAUCUUAUAUCAUAUGGACCCAGAGGCAUUGCGGUCAAUAAUUAUCCGACAAUUUUUUUAAGCCAAAUGAAUAAAGGGGGUAAGUUUCUAAAGAAACUGUGGUGCUGCGGCGGUGGGAGUGUAUAACGGGGUAAUUUAGUAUUAUUAACUGAGUUGAUAACGAAAAUUGGCCAACGUAAAGAGUUUAAAAGCUGACGUUUCGAGCGUUAGCCCUUCGUCAGGGUGAGUUUAGCCAAAGCUAUUUAAACAAGUUUCUCCUUCCGACGUGUAUAGAAUCGAAGACUUUAUUGCAUUCAACUCUUGCACACCGCGUGUGUGUGCUCUGUGUGCUUUUGCAUAAUGUACCAGCUUACUUAAAUAUGUUUACACACAAUAUAACUUACAAUAGGUGUUAAUUAUCACGUAGUAAUAUGUUACACUCCUCACCUGCUGUUCUUUACCAGCUUCUCGAACGGCAUUUUCCCUAAGUCUCUCUCGUUCUUUCUGGUUGUCGUCCGGCCAUUGGGAGAACUAUUCAAUCAACCCCAAAAAUCUCUUAUUAAUAUUAUCAUCUCAUGCCAUACAAAAGAGACUUCAAAAGCAUUGUAUAACCAUGAAUUAUGAAUGAAGAGAUCAACGGCUCUAUGGGUAGUCAUUCUAAGUUAGCAUAAUGAUUGAUUUACUUCUCUCGUUUAACAAUUAAAAUCUUCUCUUUAUUAAAACUCUUUUAUUUUACAAAAACGUGGAUACCUCCUGUCAUUGACCAUGCGCAAAAGGUUAUGGCAAUCAUGCACAAGAUCACCCACAAAGCAUUUGGGUCUCUUCGUUCAUUUCCAGCGCUUUUUAAUUGUCAAGGUUUUUACAAUGUGGUAUAUAAAGGCUUUGCACCCAGGUAACACACUCCAAUGCGACCUAAGUUUUUCUCCUGUUUUCGUUUUAACUGAUUUCUUAACCGUGAAUGUUUUCUGUUUUUUUUUGUUUUUUUUUGUUUUUUUCGUUUUUGCACCCUUCACCUCUUUGCAACUUAUUUCAAGUAAUUCUGUAAACUUUGUUUUCACUCCUGUUCCUCUUGUGAUUACCCUUAAAGAAAGGGUACAUCCCACCACCUUGAUCAAGAGAUAACAUGAUUUGUGAUGCAAUUUUCGCAGGAAUGUCACCAACGUGGCGGCGAACUUUACUGUCAGAUUCAAAGGAACUGAAUACAGAGAGAUAGAACCGCUCCAGACAAGCCUCGUGUCGCAAAGCAUGUUGGGUAAUCGACCCAUAAGAUUACUUUCCAACCUGACAGCUAAUGACAGUAAGUCCGUCUCCUCUCUUUGUGACAACAAGUCGGCUUUAAGCAAACCUCGAGGUUUUUUGUCAAUGCUGAAAUCGAGAACAAUCUGACAUUUUCGGGUGAAGCAAGAAAAUCGCGAGACCGAGAAUGGAAAUCAUCGCAAACUAAGUUUCAGUUCUUGCAAAAUUUACUUUGGAAGUUUAAACUCUAUUCCAGAGUCUUAAUCAUGUAGUUUCACAAGACUGUUUAACUAGCAAUGUUUUUACUUAGGAUAAUUAGCAAAGUACCAAAUGAAUAGCAUAAAUUAUUAGCGCGUACAGAGUAAAGAAAAGUGACUCCUAUUCUCUGGAGGCUUUGAUUCCCCCAUCAAUAGUCCGCUUCAGUUCGUUAUUUAGAGAGCUUCAAGAAAACUUAGAUGUGAUCAAUCGGUAUUACAAUCUACCAUUUCAGAAUUUUUUGUGAACUGUAUUAUGUAUACUGUAACUGUAGAGAACACAGUUUCCUAAGGUUCUCUUUGAGCUAUAAUAAUAAUAAUAAUAAUAAUAAUAAUAAUAAUAAUAAUAAGACGUUCUAGCUUCCCUGCUGAGUUCAAUCUAAACCAAGACCUAGAUAUUUCAGUUUAAACUAAUUACACCGUUUCAUCGAAAAGUAAACCUUAUAUUUUUCUCACGCCUGUAAUGUUGCAUUGUCACAACUUGUUCACAUUUCUUGCAGUUUACAUCCACUCGCUCCACGUAACAGCACAGAACAAAAGCUCGACUUCUCUGGCAGUGUCUUGGAAUUAUCCUGAACAAUUAAUUCAUGGCAUUUUUUGCGCGGUCGACAUCUCGUACCGUGUAAUUAACUCAGUAGAGAGACAGAUUGUCGGAGUUACGUCUGGGUCGACGGAAUUUGAGGUUAAAAACCUAAAGCCUUAUACUUUAUACGCCAUAACUGUCACGCCUUUUACUCACGAAGGAAAAGGAAAGGAAAGCGAUGAGGCGAUUGCAAGAACAUCCGAAGAUGGUAAGUUAUAAACGCGGGUGAACAGUUAAAAAUUGGACACGUUUUGGGAUUGAAGUGUACAGAUGUACUGAAAUUUGAGGUUCACAAACGGAAAAUGCACUCAAAAACGUUAACAGCCAGAACGUUUGCAUACUAACAUAGGUGCCACGAAUUCUUUCGAUUGCUUGAUUACCAACUCGAGUUCCAGAAACUUAAAGUAGCAAGUAAGACCAGUAUGAAUGGGAAUACUUUCUCAGAUAAUCUUCCCUAUUUCAAAUCUCACUGUCAACCGCUUACGCGUCCGCAUGUGAAAAAUAUGAGGCUGUGUUACAAGUCAGUCUUUUCGAAAUCCGACUCCACAUCAAAGAUACCAAAUUAGGAGAAUCUUCUAAAUACUAUCCUUUUAAUGAUCUGGGUCUCUCUUUUCAAUAAUUUUUUUCCUAGUUCCAACCUUGCCACCACUGUCAUGUCACCACCAUGUUACAAGUUAGUCCUUUUGAAAUCCCACUCUUGCAGUUUACAUCCAGUCGCUCCAUGUAACACCACAGUUCAGAAAUCCCACUCCACAUAAAAGACACCAAAUUGGGAGAAUCUCCUCAAUAUUACCCUUUUUCAUGAUUUGGGUCUCUCUUCUCUUUAAUUUUUCCCAGUUCCAACCUCGCCACCGCUGAACGUGAAGGUCUUCGUCAACAAAUCUACCGAGAAGCUAGAGGUCUCAUGGGAGCCACUUCCUUCGGAGCACCGUCUCGGUAUUAUUCUAGGUUACAAAAUCACAUAUGUUCCACAAAGUGGUGGAAAUUCACGGGGCAUGGUGGUGAACACUUCCAGUCUCUCAACAGAACUACAAAACCUUCCGAAAGGGAUACCUUACGUGAUAGAAAUUACAGCGUUUAAUAGCGUUGGCGAAGGUCCACCAAGUCCAGCAAUUGUGGCUAGAUCACCCGAAGGAGGUAAGAAUUAUUUUUGUCUAAACAUCUUAUUACAUACAACAUAGUCUUUAUGAGUGCUCUUUCUUUAGCAAUUUCCUUCUUCCCAAAUGCAAAGUAAGGUUAGAAUGCAGAAACAAUACAUUUCAACCUUACAAAAAACCACGCGGCACAAUCUACCAGUCUGAAUAAAGCAGUGUUUCUCUGCAUGAAGCUUAACGAAAUUUCUCAAAUGUUACUCGUGGUUUUCAUAGUAAACUUAACCAUUUUUCCACCAAGAAAGUAUUGCGUAACUUCUCUGUUAUAACACUUAUGACACUAUUCACGAUUGACCUCCGUUCAAGGAACACAAACUUUUGUUUUUACGAGAAAAUGCUGUAGUAACCGUCGAAAUUAUAACGUUCAUCGAAGAAAACCCUCUAAUUAAGGGACACCUUUUUAUGUAAACUGGUCACCGUAAAGAGUUUCUAAGCAAACGUUUAAAGCGUGAGCACUUUGUCAGAGCGAAUGAACGAAGGGUGAACGCUCGAAGAGUUAGCUUAGAAACUCUUUGCGGUGGCCAUUUUACAUUAUCAACUUCGUUGAUAAAACCAAACCAUAUGGUUUGUAUUACAUUCAUUUAAAGAUACCCAACAUGGAAAACUCACUUGGUUCAUUUGGGUACGAAACGACUGUAUAUAAAACGAUAGGUAACCUUCUGAGGCUGCAUUCUGAAUGAGGGUCUCACUGUUUAUAGCCUCCAGUGUCUCACUUCACCUUGAUUUAUCUUGUUUAUACUAGUUCCCAGCCUUGCACCUCCAGUAGUUAUGGCCCACAGCACGAGCUACACAAGCGUAACAGUAAAAUGGAUGGCUAUUCCAGAGGAAAACAACAAUGGAAUUAUAAUGGGUCAUGUUGUUGUAGUUGAGGAAAUCGAUAAAUCUUUCUAUGUCUGCAAAAAUAAUUUUACCCAGGAGAUCCAUGGACUGGAGAAAUCUAAGGUUUAUAAAAUCAAAGUGGCAAGCUUUACAUCAAAGGGCUUCAGUAACUUCAGUGAUUACGUCACAGUGAUUACUAGCGAGGAUGGUAGGUCAUUACGCUGGCAAAGAACAACUCCAUGAUGUCUUUACUAUCUCUCUUAACAGUACACUUGGAGAACUACCGCAAUGAGUGCAUUUCAAUCAAACCAAACUAUCGGGCUUUCCCAUUUUCUUUAACGCAGCACUUCACUCAUAAUAGUAAUACCACAAAAGUAACGGUCAGCUCUACCAGGAACUAGUUUUAUCAUUCUUAUAAUCUAGCCGACCCUUUUGAACACGUACUUGUUCUAAACAAGCCCUUGUUCAAGAGGAUUUGCAAACUUAAUAUUUAAGCGUUUUGUAACGUGUUGUGAUGGUUUCAGAUGCACAUGACUUAGAGCUGCACCAAAGUUUCCCGCCCUUUCUUUUUUGUUCCUCAUGCAUUACGUAACGGCUUGCAAAUGAGACCGCAAUCUUGUCCCGCCGCGGAACCAUGCCCGCGCUUUGGCCUAAUGAUUGCCCAACCAAAAAUGAAUCUCUCCCAGUUUUUUAUCACUAUCUUUCAUAGGUUUCUUGGCUGCCUCUCUCUCUCUCUCUAUUUACUCUAUGUUAGGGAAAUAUUAAAUUUUUUAUUUGUUUUGACCUGAUUUCUUCUGAUAGAUUGUCACGCCAUUGGCAUGGAAGACCAUAACAUAACAGAGUCACAAAUAACUGCAUCCUCUCUACAAAAUGGUGCAACCAACGCUCGACUGAAUUUCAAACCAACGAAUCUACUCGCCACUGGAGCCUGGUGUGCUGCCCCGGAUGAUACAAGCCAACCGUGGCUUCAAAUUGACUUUCAAGACAAAGUUACUUUAAGCCAAGUAGCCAUUCAAGGCAGAUUUUAUGAUGGCAGCGCAGUUAGUAGCAGUUUCUUUCACUGGGUGGAAAAGUACUCAUUGAAUUACAGCCUCGAUGGGAUGUAUUUCAAAGCUUAUAAACAGUUUGAUGAUGUUAAGGUAUCAUCGUUGCUUAUAAGUAAUAUUUUGUUAUUUCUCUCCUUACUUUUUGAAGUACAAGUCUCUUGUUACCCAAAUUGUAAGCUAUUUCAAAAUAUGCACUCCUAGUUUUUCUUCAGUGAGGAUUCUUUGAAGUUCGAAAUAUUCGAAACUUGACUGAACCCUCUGCAUGGACCACAGUUCAUUGCAACCCUAGGUUAAAUACAAAUAUCUUAUUGGACGUUUGGGUGUGUAGUAUCGCUGAGUAUUUUUAUGGCUUGUGCCAUACUUUGACGAUGGUUUCGUCCAGGAAAGUGCUAUUAUAAAACCCCAGACCUAUUCUAAAGGUCACUCUUUGGAUACUGUGUUGUCUUCUUGGAAACGAAAAAAUCUUCCGCAAAAACACGUCCACAGCUCGUUCCUGAUAUGUUGUUCAUGAAAAAUCUCUCUAGUUUACGUCUCCACAGCUCAUUCUCAGACAGUCUUCAUGUUCUUGGAAGUGCGUUCCCCUUAAAGAGGCACGUUUAGGGGAUCCACUUCCAUUCACAUUAACAAAUUUCCACCGUUCUGUCCCUCCGCAGAUAUUUCAAGGUAACUGGGAUAGCAACACCGUAGUUUUUAACUCCAUAACACCAGUGAUCUACACGCGGUAUAUUCGUAUUCUGCCAAAAUCGUGGGAAGGGAACCCAUGCAUAAGAGCUGAGUUCUUUACCUGUCAUAAAGGUAACUUGAUUAAAUUCAUCAUUAUCACUUUGUAGAAUCGAAUUUGAUACAUUGUAAUCAGUUAAUUUUUUCAUCGAAUUUCGUUCCCAAUAUUUUCUUGUGGACUAAUCACUCCAAGGGCAUAGCAUUGGCUCGACAAAAAAGCCUGUCCACAAACCAGGUACAUAAACAGAGGCGCUUAGAGCUAAGGGUGGAAAAGGAAGUGAUAGUUACACUUCUGCUCUUUGGAGUAAAGAUGACGUGUUACUGUAACCGUGAUUUUUUAGGGAACAAGAUCAGAUAUGGCACAAUUAAGGUAUAAAACAACAGAAAUUAUAAUCAUUCUCAGAGGAAAUCAACAACAAUACUGAAAUCAUGUUCAGGCGACUCCGUUUUCACAAAAAUUAUCUGUAUGGGAGAACUACGAAGCAGGUACAAUAACCUUAUUGACUAAUAAGCGUGAGUAGCAAGCAAAGAGUAAAGGAAAAUGUGAAAAAAACCUUCUGUCUUUGAAACUUUGUGCCUACAAGAAUUCCUUGCAAUUUUGUCUUUCACUAAAAACUUGUGAUUUGACUUCCACUAGAAAUCACGUUAGAAAAAGUUAAUAUAACGUCCUCUGUUGCGAGCUCAACUGGUGUCGGUCUCCAAUGGAAGCCACCGGAUACGCUAAAGUUGGGUGAACAUGUAAAGAGUUAUGUGAUAGAAAUAGUUGAUUUGCUGAGAGGAGAAAGCUUUAACUACACGGUUAACUCGUCCAUGACAAGUGCAGACCUGAACAUUUUGAAACCAUACACGCCCUAUGAAUUCAAAGUUUAUGGUGUUACAAGUUCAUGGGAAGGAAAUAUCACUGAUGUUAUCAACAUAAAAACACAAGAAGACGGUAGGUUGAGAUGAAUAACAAAUCUUAAGGCUUAAGUGGAGGUGGGAUUGGAUCGAGGCCUCUUAAAACUCCCUGAGCAUGAAAUGAUAAGGAAGAAUUGCUAGACUAGAACUACUAAGCGUUGUGUACGUCCAUCGCCGGUAACUCUCAUCAUUUCGUUUGAUUACUAUUACUUCUUACUCAAGUGCCAGCUGGUAUAUUCACCGAGGGUUGGACUGUUUAUCUGAACAUUUAUUUCAUUGGUUUAUCGGUGCUCAACAAGAGACGACCAACAGUCCAUUAGGCUCACGCUCAACCAGCCACUCGUCCGUUCUGUCUUUCAUGAUCGAGUUGAUACAGGAGUAAAACAUCUUCUAAGUUUUAUUUCAUUGAAGAGUAACGGAAAAUUAAAGUUCCACUCUGGGUCAGUUAAUUCAAUGAAAAAAUUUUUGUUCUUGUGUCGCCGUUUACCAACAGUUUAAUAAACCGUGAGAGUGACUCUAUACCAGAUAAUUUUUAAUAUUCCUAUUUUCAUCUUUACUUAAUGCUUGUGUAAACUCAACAGCUCCCAGCGAACCUCCGAGGAACUUCAGUAUUAAACACAGCACCGAGUCGGAAUUAACCUUCCAGCUGAAACCAGUCGACAAGUACCAUAUCAAUGGUGUACUUCGGGGUUACAAAGUCACCUACGGUAAAAGCAAUUCUCCAAAUCACACCUGGACGACUUUGAUUAUCAACACUACUCACAACAGGCGCAGGAAAAGAAGUACUGAGAACGAAACAUUGGGCUUCAUUCUCACCAACUUAGAAAGUUACACAACUUACACAGUCACGGUGUUGGCAUUCACUGUAAAAGAUGGCGUCCCAACUUUGGCAGCAAAUUUUACCACAGCACAAGAUGGUAUGACACCAUUGCAUCUGAAAACGAAUGAAUCUUGAACGAAGUUUACGGAAUAUGUGGUGUGGUAUUAGGGUUGUGAUAAGUCUGACUCAAACAUGCUUUUCUAAAACAAGCUAUAUUUUCAAAAGGUUAUUCAACCUAUGACCAAACCUCUACCACCUACCCGCACCUUGAUAUAUCAUGACUGACUCUGUUAGAUUAGAUAAGAUCGUUUCUCAAUUACCAUACGACAUAUCAUCAUAAAUAACAGCUGAAACUUCAGGAAAACUGACAAUCGAUGUUUGCAUUCGAGGAAUUUCCACUGAAUUAAAUUCUCAUAUGGGAGUGGUAUUUGUCACACUUAUAAGAACAAAAUGUAAGAGAAGUAAGUCGAGUACAGAUCACUUUUCGUCAUUUCGUUGGCUUUUUUCUUUGCCUCAAUGGUGCUGAUUAGAACCAUUUCUGGAAGAAAUUUAUUAUGGAAUAAAAUGUUUUAGGUUACAUAUGGAACUACAAGGAAUGGAAUACUAUCUAUCUGUGUGUUCAUUGUAAGUGACGGUAAUCAUUCCUUUCUACGCUUUAAGUACCAGAUCAUCCGCCAACAAACGUGACCGCGUUCAAUACCAGUUCCACGAGUAUUAACGUCACCUGGCAGCCCAUCCCUUCAGAUCAUACGCAUGGGAUUAUCCUGACGUAUCAAGUUAAAUACUGGAGACGUGAUAAACCAAAUGAUAACGUUUCCAAUGUCACAGUAAACAGUACAGAACUACAAGUGGAACUGAAAGGAUUGGGAAAGUACAAAGAAUAUUCCAUUCAAGUCGCUGGAUCAACGGUGGUUGGUUUGGGGAGUUACUCGGAAGCUGUUUUCGUGAGAACUGAACAAGACGGUAUGUAACCCAUUCCUCAGUAGGCAAUAGUUUGUUGAUGUGCUGGAUGCGCCGACUACGAUGCAGCUUGUUGUUAAAAGAGAUCUUUGAGAACUACUUGACGAUCUUCCCUGUAUCUGACAUGAUAAGAACUUUAAAAAAAUGUUUAAAACAUUCGUCAGCAACGCUCAAAGUUGGGGGCUAGACUAAAAUUAAUCGCCAACAAAAUGUUCAACAACAAAUUGCUUAAAUAUGUCUGUAAACGAAAAUCAGAUGGAAUCAGGAGAAGGAUGAGGGGAAAACUAAAGAGUUAAAAAUAACCCAAGCUUUGUUUACUCAUCUUAUUAGCUUUUUCUAGAAUUGUGUUAAUAAAUUCCAUUAUCGAGGAUAUAGCUUUUCAAUAUAAAGUUUUCAGUAGACUUUUAGAAGGACAAGUACUUUAGUGCCAUCCCAGAACUUAAACCAUCUUUCAAACCCAUUUUGAGUAUAACAAUCUGAAAUUUUUUCCAAACCAAUUUUUUUUUGUUACCGCAGUCCCAGAUGAGCCGCCAAUCAACAUCAGAGCAAAAGGAAUAGAACCCACUGUAUUAAAAGUCCAUUGGUCUCCUGUGCCUUACGAAACCAUUAAUGGAAUUGGCAUCGGUUACAAGCUCAUCCUUAUCCACAUAAAUGGAACCAUUCUAAGAAAUUUCACAUUAAAUACCUCAGCCCUCACGAUAGACAUCACCGGUUUAGAAAUAUGGACGAAUUACACCAUAAAGAUGACAGCUUUCACUGUCAUGGGAGAUGGCCCCUGGAGUGAUUUUAUAAAAGAAGAUACAGAUGAAGAAGGUAAACCAGCAGCUCAUCAUUUAAAUCAGGCUUAAAUGCGUCACUUAAGCAUACCCCCUAAAAAUAGCCGUAUCUCGCUAUUUAAGAAAUUGAAAUGCAUGCUUACUAAGAAUUUCCUUAUCAAAGUUCAAAGGUAUAUUCAACAGCAGAGCGUUGGGCUUCAUUCUCAAUUACACGAUAUUUCCUAGUGGCGUUUGUGGGUAAAACCACGCUUUAAAAUACUGUUCAGUCGAGCGAGCAAAAGGAAAUAAUUCUUAAAUCUUUUUUUCACAGCUCCAUUCAUACCUCCAGCUAAUUUGACAGGAGAAGCAAAAAGUUCGACCUCAAUCUUUGUUCAGUGGAGUUCACUUGUUCUACCAAAUCUCCGGGGUAUUCUCCGAGGUUACACGGUUUAUUACAAAGAAGCGCCAAGUUCUGUUCAUCCAAGUGUGUUAAAAAACGUGUCAGUUGACAUAUCUGUGACUGAAGUUGAGCUAACCGGCUUAUACAAGUUUACUAAGUAUCAAAUUUGGGCAACAGCGUUUACGACCAGAGACGGGUUGCCGAGUAACUCUUUAUUUGUAACAACACAAGAGGACAGUAAGUUUUUCUUCUUCAAACUGUCUUUUUUAAGCAUGCAUUGCUGACAAGUUUCUUCCUUCAAAUUCAACUCAAGCACUAACUUGUCAAUGUCUCGUCAUCAACAGCUCCGGACCGACCUCCUCUAUACAUCACAUACUCGGCUCCAAGCUCCACUAGUCUCUUUGUUGAAUGGGGCGCAAUCCCUCCGCAGUUUGAAAAUGGCAUCAUAAGGGGGUUCAAAAUUCAAUUCCAUGAGGUUCCAUUCAAUGGCACAGUGGAAGAGAGGGAAGGUCAACCACUUCUCCGCUGGAUGAUUCUUGAUAAUUUAAAGAAAUUUACUUUCUACUCUAUUCAAGUUCGUGCCUUCACAACUGAGGGAUAUGGACCUGAAAACAAACUUAAAGCACGGACGGGUCAAGACGGUAUGUUUCUUUCGUAUGACGUUAUUGAUUGUAAAAACUGGGAAUCAUACAAGAUUCUUGAUGGCAGGUUAUUUUCAUAUUAUGUAAAUUAUAUGGGCUGACUGGGAUUUUAUACUCAAAAUAAUUAUAGCAAUUUUGUUUUUCCUUUUGGUCUUUUACUGACAACCGUUAAAAAUGCUGCUUUCCAGUCCCCAGUAAACCUCCACAGAGUAUAACUACUGAAAGUCACGUAACAUUGACAACAAUUCCAGUUGCCUGGAAACCAAUCGUUCCAGAUCAUAUCAAUGGCAUAUUGCUUGGUUACAAGAUUAGGUACCAGGCCGUUGAGAUUGGCGAGGAGUCAGUUGAAGACAAACCUAUCAGGGAGCAGAUAGUGAAUUCCUCUACUUUGUCUCUGGUGCUGACAAAUCUUGAGAUUUUUAUCUUGUACCGGAUUGAUGUUGUGGGAUUUACGAUCAUGGGCGACGGCCCGCCGGCCACGGAUUAUGCAGGUUUGUCACGUUCUCGACGGAAUGGUGAUAAUAUGUGAUAAUAUCUCUUAUUUCAAAAAUUACAAUUAUUUACAGAAACCUGUCGCUGUCAUAAGCGUCUCACAACAAGUUGGUACGAAUUUCAACCAUAUGUCCGAUUGUCCGAAAACGGUCUCCCAGACGGACUUAUUCCACCUAUCCUUAGCGAUCUAGCAGUCACGUGCUGCGAAACCUGUCAAUCACAUGGUAAAUCCUACGUGGACAUGAAUUUAAAUGGGUUCAAUGUGUCAGCAAUGUUCCCGAGUCUACGUGCACUACGGAACGGUAUAGAAAAUCCCACAGACUUUUUCUUUCCGGUGUACGGCUUUAAAGACCAGACACAUUUUGCCAAACAGUUUGGUUAUCAAGGAAUAGUAGAAUCACCUGGAAUGGCGUUCAUAGUUAACACAAACUCCCAGGAUAAUAUGCCCAAUGCUGUCCUGGUAAACAUAGCGUCCUGUUGGCCAGCAGUGAUGUUGGCUUUGGUUAUCACGUACUUGGCAGGGCUGGUCGUAUGGUUUGUGGUAAGUCUAUCAUUUGGUUUCAUUGCAUAACGAGUGAGGAUUGUGAGCAGCACAAUGUUGAGAGCUACCAAGACAGUCUGUGAGGUUAAUUCCUGGUCAAAGAUCAUGAUAUUUGUCGUCAAAAGAUCCGAAGUGCGUCGCAAAAUUGGCAUUAGCGAGUUAUAGCUUGUUCCAAUGCAAUUUCAAUAAGGUACCCAACGACAGAACACAAAACCAUUGAUGAUUUGGUAACUCUUGGUUUCUGAAUUUGCACAGUGCAAAGCUUUAAUCAGUGUUCCAUUGUCUCCAUACGUCGCAUUUCUUUCGCCUCGAUUAGCUGCACAUUUUGGCGGGAAUGGACUACUAUACAUGUCUUUCAAUUGCUAAGGAAUAAAAAUUUGUUGUUGCCUUUUAUUGUUAUUGUUGUUGACAGACUUGAUCAACAACGAAUAGUUAGAAAGGGAAAUACAGAAUCACUUUGAUUUAACUCAUUUUCCUUCCUUUCAUGUGUGCAGGAGUCGGAGACCAAUCCCCAAGACUUUCCACCAUCGUUUAUAGAGGGAGCGUAUGAGUCGUUUUACUGGUCAUUUGUAUCCAUGACAACUGUUGGGUGAGUGUCAAUCAAGUAAUCUUUAGACUAAAAUCGAUACUUGAGUCAAUCCUUAAGGUCAAUAUCGAUCUAGAAAUUGAAUGAAGUCUCCUUCUAGGUCGUAAGUGGUGGUGGACCCUUACUCCGUGAGUGUCUCAAGUCAUAUACUCACUGUGAAGUUUGGGAUAGGACAUGAUCUAAAGGCCUACAAAAUUAUACCUUCUCUGAAACGAGUUUGUAAAUCGACAUUCACAGAUACGGCGAUCGAGCACCAAUAACCAUCAUAGGAAGAAUCCUGGCUAUAGUUGUCAUUUUGUCCGGUUUAAUAAUCUUUGGAAUUGUGAAUGGCGCCAUGGCAACGGCCAUUACAAGUGUUACAAUGGAAACAGAUUACAAAAUCUACGGAACUAAGGUAAAAUAGAGAUGGAGAAAACGAGUUUGAUUUCGAAAUGGCCACGCAGUUGCUCUUUUUACAGUUUCUCGUUUGGGUAACAGGUCUAACUUUCGAAAAACUAGGUCUAUGCUGUUGGUAUCUGUCUGAGAUGGAACACACAGAGAUGUGCUUAUUUUCUUAUUUUCUCAGCAAAUCAAAAACAUCGCGCUGUAUCAUAACUAGGUAAUUUCAAUUCAAUACCAACCUGAUUAUUCCAUGUAAGAGUAAAGAGAAGUGUACAUUGUUCCAACUGCUCCUGGCCUUGUACGAUAUUACGCUAGUAAGUUAAUCCAUGCUUAAUCUUGCGUCAACUGAGAGCCUUCCCAUCCACUGCCUGUUUGGAAAAACGAUUUUGCUCAGUAAACUCAUUAUUACGUCCCUGCCACGAAAGCGCUAUUUGUUAUCCUACUGAGCGGAAAAAGUAUAUGAGAUGGGGAAAAUGGAAAAUCAUAAGAGCAGAUCACGUGGUGCAAAGGUAGCGUUUGGGUCCUCGCAAAUGGAGAGACAUGACUCUUCUACUAAUGUAAGAGUUUAUCCCACAGACUUGUCCCAUACUAUCAUCAGUUAUUAAAACAUGGGAAAAAAAUAGUGUCGUUUUAAAAAAUUAAACCAAUUGAAGUUAGGGCGAUCAACUUCUCCCAAAGAUUCCAAUGAUCAGCACCACCGGGAGGGUGUGCAUGAGUUUAAGCUGUAUUCGCCCCUUGUUUUUGUCCAUGUAGAAGAAAUUAGUUUAAAUUUCUAAACGCUCAUCUGUAAACAGUGACAGUUAGGAACUUCUAAGUAUAAAAUGUUACAAGGCUUCCAUAUUACAUUUUACUUUCACAGGUAGCAGCAAUUGAGGGUUCUCCUGAAUAUCGAAUGGGAGUAAGGAAAAAUGCUAACAUGGACAAAGGUAACACUACCUAAAACAAUCGACGAUAUUUACCGUUGGAAGAAGCAAUGGGUGGUAGAAUUGGUAGAGUUAUCAGCAGCAGUUUAUAAAAAGCCUAAAAAGCACCGCAAAGAGUAUCAUUGACAAAGAUAUGUUUUAAUUAACAAAUAGAGAAGCCUUGACUGUGCUCUGUUCUGUUAUAAAGCACGCAGGAAACGGCUAGAGCACUCAAGAAGUGGGGAGAAACACUUGACUACGUCACGUGUUUCUCCCUACACUUCUUUCGUGCUCUAGCCGCUUCCUGCGUGCUUUAUAACAGAACAGAGCACAGUCAAGGCUUCUCUAUUUGUUUUAUAAUAAAGAAUCCGUUAAAUUCCCCAAACAUUACUUUGAAUUUUCAAACCAAACUUUAUUUCCAAAGCGAACAACAGUGUCGUCAGCAUGCUCUAUACUCUCAUGAAGCACGCUACAAUAAGCCAAUCAGAAUCCCUGUUAGAAUGGUUCAAAUAAUCUGAUUGGCAGUACAAGACUAAAGCUGUCAAAAGUGUCAAACCAUCAAAGUUCACAUUCUGCGAUAGUUUACAAACUAAAAUAGUUCGGCAGGUCGAAUUUAACACUUUUUGCCUGAAGUUUUUAAGUCUCUGAUACAGAAUCUUGAAGUGAAACGUUCAGUGAACUUCAGCCGAAUUAUGGCUCAUAAAAACACGGGAGCUUUUUUCACAUGACAAGGUAGAAACAAACUAUUCGAGGCGAGUGUUUUUUGAAUAAACGACAGCCGAAUUCACCGGAACAUCAAGAUCGCUUGGGAUAACAGCACCACAAAACUCGGCUGCAGUGACUGAUAUGACUUUCCACUCAAUAUAUCGGAAGGAUAUCAGAGCAAGCUCUUAUUUUUUCACUCGAAGGGUGGCCGAUGUAGUUUCUGAGCUUGCUUUACUGCGAUGACCGGAGAUCGCCAUGAUAAGCGAGCCGCGAUGGACUUCAGCAUGAUCAUAUUCGCUCUGACACCGUUGUGAUUAGUAUGAAUGUUAACAGUUGUGCCAGUUUGGUUAUAUUUUUCAUCAUUUCUGUUUUGUUCUGUUUUGUUUUUUAACACUGAACUUUAUAUACUAUACGAGUGCUAACUGUGUUUGAUUUUUAUUACCGUACGUAAGCUUGCAAUCUAACUGAGCGUGAAAAUCUUUAAAACUUGGAACAUCUAUUUUUUUUUCCUUCGAGGAUUUUCGUAUCUGCUCACGUUUUAAUAACGUAAAUUACGGCGCCUCGUAUGUUUACAAAACUUUGUUUGGCUCUUCUGUUGCUACUUGCUGGCUCGCUUGUUCCGAAAUUUCACUUUCAAUUAUCAAAAAAAAGCUAAAAAGAAGUCCCGAAAAAGGUCGAACAUAGCACAAUUUGGCAGAUGGCGUGACAGCUUUAGCUCAGCUCUAUGCUCUAUACUCUCACAGAGCACGCUCUUUCAACCAAUGACAGCGCGCGUUAUAUCCGAACUUUAUUAUAAAUUUGGGUAUCACAAAGUAUCCUCAUGACUCAGAUUCCAUUAAAGAGAAUGCUAUUCAGUGAAAUAUGAGGUUUAUGAGAAUCUAGCGCGAGGAAUGAAACUAUACGACGUAUGCACUAGAAAUCAAUGCAUUUAGUUCUCCGCAUAAGCAAAGGGGCAAAGUUUAAAGAAGUGCUGGGCUUUUUUCUCCAGAACGCGAAUACCACACGUUCGACGAUAUCUACGAAGCCCUACAUGAACGACACGUUAUUGGGGCCUUUAUAGAUACAUACAGUGCUGGAAACAACAAGGAUUUGUUUGAACAGGAACAUCUACGAGUGAAUAAGAUCCUCGAUUACUCGGCUACCUAUGGGGUUGUAAUGGGAGUGGAAGCCCGAAAACUCAGACGCUGUUUCAAACGGUACACUGAAAGGGUAUUCGCUAGUAAGAUUUCACAUCAUAUUCAAAAGAAUACAGAACAGCUCAAGGCGAGUAUCAAAUAA